AUUCCGGGUGAGACACCAGAGAAAGUGCCUGGAGAAACGCCGGCUGCAAUCUGGCAGCGGCUGUGCCCCAUUCUUCCGCUCCAUGGCCAAUUCUAUCAAGAAAGACCAGGUACAGAUCCCUGACGGUUUUGUGGGCGAUCCAAGUCAUGGGCCUGGGCUGUUGGUUUUCUAGGACUGUUGUGUCCAUAACUCCCGAUUUCUCCGUAGGCAUGGAUCCCCAAACUGUUCAAGAAGAAAGUCUGCACCACAUUUAUCGAGCAACCGGGGGAACUUGGGUGAGUGAAGCCUGGUUUUAUCGCCCUCGUCAAGAUUCAGAAUAGGCAACGGUGUGAAACCCCAACUUCCAGAUCCUAGGGGUUGUGUUAUCAUAACCCUCCCCUUCUCCUGUGCCUCUGCUAUGGGUGGGAGAGGGAUCUGACUCUGUUCUCUUUUAAAUGGCAAACUUAGCUGGUUCGCACUUUCUGAAACAAUAUAAAAACCACAGCACAGCUGUUCUUUGGAAUUUUCACUUCUCUGAAUUUUGCAAUGUAGUUCUCAGGCACGUACAAAAUGUGUGUGUGUGUGUACACACAUACACACACAUGCUAACAGGUGAAUCCCUAUGUUAGUGAAAAUGACAUACUAAAAAAUUAGGAGGAACUGCUUUGCAAAAAUGAGUACUUAGGGGAAAUUGCAUGGAAGCAUGUGUAGCUUGGGAGAAAGUUGCACUAAAAUUCUGAUGAAUUGAAUAUUUGCUCUAAAAUGCCGAAAAGGACUUUUUAAAACUGAUGUGGAAACUUUUAAAAACUUCUUUCCCCCACAAACUGAUGUGCAAACCUAAGACUGGAAAGAUGUGAAACUGAAACAGGCAUAUUUCCCUACUCCUUGGUCACUCCUAUAUUGCACUCCUAGCUUAUUUUCUGCUUCCUCCCAGCACUGUCAGAUAUUAGCUGCAUCUCUAUGAUUCCUCGUGUUCGCAUCCUGUUCCCAAUCCAUUGCGUUUUCUGCCUAACACCUCUCGGCAUCAGUUUCCUCCAGUGGUUUCUCUGUGUUAGGAUGACCACUUACACAUCGCCAGACAACAACAACCAGAGAGAAAAUGCAUCUAAAGAGGACACAAAUCAGCAUUAAAUUGGCACAUAAUUUGUGUAUGCUGGUUUUUUAGGUUUAGAUGCAAAUUUAGAAAUAAUUGCUACAAUUUAAAUACAAAUGCAGGGCAUUUUGUGGGAUGGGGAAGGGGAAUGGGGCCAGGUGACCUGAGUGCUUGCUUGCUGCACUAUCUAGAUCAGCCUUUCUCACCUGUGGGUCCCCAGAUGUUGUUGGACUACAACUCCCAUCAUCCCUGAGCUCUGGCCUUGCUAGCUAGGGGUGAUGGGAGUUGUAGUUCAACAACAUUUGGGGACCCACAGAUUGAGAAAGGCUGAUCUAGGUGCUGCUAAGUACCGUAUUUUUCGCUCUAUAAGACGCACCAGACCACAAGAUGCACCUAGUUUUUGGAGGAGGAAAACAAGAAAAAACGUAUUCUGAAUCUCAGAAGCCAGAACAGCAAGAGGGAUCGCUGCGCAGUGAAAGCAGCAAUCCCUCUUGCUGUUCUGGCUUCUGUGAUAGCUGCGCAGCCUGCAUACGCUCCAUAAGACACACACACAUUUCCCCAUACUUUUUAGGAGAGAAAAGGUGAGUCUUAUAGAGCAAAUAAUAUGGUAAUGAUGGUUAGCUUCAAGGCCCUUGCUGUCCCUUUGUAUAGUUCUUUGUUUUUAAUUCAGACUACGAUCAGGUAGCCUUUCCAAGAGAGGACUGCUUCCUGUAAAGUGGGACACAUGGCAACCCCACUGUAUACAUAUGUGUGUGUAUAUGUAUGUUGUUGUUGUUUAGUCGUUUAGUUGUGUCCAACUCUUCGUGACCCCAUGGACCAGUGUAUACGUAUGCAUGCACCGAUUUCCACCAUCUCUCCCCUUUACACACACACACACACACACACACACACACACACAUUGCACCUCUUCCUACAUUUUACAAACGAAAACUGGGAAACUCGUCUAUUCUUGCAAUGCUGCAACUCUCAUAUCAUGGAACUGUGGCUGUGCUGCACACCGUUAUCACACACAGCCCGUUAACAGCUUGCUUAAAAAUGUAGCCUCCUCUGCAAUCGUGCUGGUAUUGAUUCCCGAAGAAGGGCGUGUGUUAGUAAACGGAUUAGUAGACUCCUUGGUGCCACCAGAGCAGGACUUUGGAGCAGGAGGCCAGGAGGUGACAUUACCUUCGAAAGGUUGUGAUGAGUGCCUAGAGUCACACCCACAUUGCACAUUUAAAGCAUUCUUAAUGUCAUUUUAGCUGUCAUGGCUCUCACACACAGCUGCCUAAUAAUGAUGAUGAUGAUGAUGAUGAUGGGAAAUGCAGUUUGUUAAGCCUGCUGGGAAUCGUAGUUCCGUGUAAUUUUUUUGUUGGCAUCUAUCUGUCUCGAGAGAGGGACGCGGGUGGCGCUGUGGGUUAAACCACAGAGCCUAGGGCUUGCUGAUCAGAAGGUCGGCGGUUCGAAUCCCCGCAACAGGGUAAGCUCCUGUUGCUCGGUCCCUGCUCCUGCCAACCUAGCAGUUCGAAAGCACAUCAAAGUGCAAGUAGAUAAAUAGGUCCUGCUCCGGCGGGAAGGUAAACGGCAUUUCCGUGCGCUGCUCUGGUUUGCCAGAAGCGGCUUAGUCAUGCUGGCCACAUGACCCGGAAGCUGUACGCCGGCUCCCUUGGCCAGUAAAGCAAGAUGAGCACCGCAACCCCAGAGUCGGCCACGACUGGACCUAAUGUUCAGGGGUCCCUUUACCUUUUACCUAUCUGUCUCGAGAGACAAUGGAGUCCGCCUCCGGGGGUGAAGUCAAACAGCUGCAUGAGCAGGACCCAAGUGACCUCCCUGGGACGUGUGUCUGGAGGUCCUGGGCUGCCCAGACGACAAGACCCCCCUCUCAGCCUCGCUGAUAUGGUCCAAAGGAAAGCAACACAAUACGUUUGGCACCAGCUUAGUUGCAGGCGUUGCGGGAAGGAGGCGUACAAGGCGCCAUCCAACCAUCUUAGGAACUCCACUUUAGAUUUGGGUCGUUUACUCCUUAGCCUUUUCUUCUCCAAAUGAUUAUCCUGCAAGGAAGUGAAGGUUUAGGAUCAGAGUAUUCCUUCUCCUCAAUGGGGUACCUUCCUAGGUGGACGAGCUCCAUCUGCCCCUCACUUUCCUCUGCCACACGUCUCCUAAUAACCCUCAGCAUACUACAGUUCCCAGGAUUCUUGGCAGAGGGAGCCAUGGCUGUUAAAGUGGGCAUCAGAGAGCUUUAAAUAUAUGCUGCAGACGUGACCUAAUGCUAUUAAAUCCAGAGUCUAAAAUGACCGACUUGCACUAGUGGUGCAAGUAAUUUGAUCGCAAGAAUUUCCUUUUUUCAUAAGUUAUGUUGUUGGCUCUGUUUGUGUCCACUGCAGAACUGUAUCAACUCAAAACACAUUUUUCUAUGUUCAGUGUCUCAGUACGCUAUGAGCUGGCUUGAGGGGAAGUGGUACAGGUGAGCACCGUGCAUUUAAGCUAGGAAAUAAUUUGCCUAGGCACACAGCCUAGAUCUGAUACUAUUUUCAUGUUCAAAUAUAUAAAAGGAUGUCACAUAGAGGAGGGAGAAAGGUUGUUUUCUGCUGCUCCAGAGAAGCGGACACGGAGCAAUGGAUCCAAACUACAAGAAAGAAGAUUCCACCUAAACAUUAGGAAGAGCUUCCUGACAGUGGGAGCUGUUCGACAGUGGAAUUUGCUGCCAAGGAGUGUGGUGGAGUCCCCUUCUUUGGAGGUCUUUAAGCAGAGGCUUGACAACCAUAUGUCAGGAGUGCUCUGAUGGUGUUUCCUGCUUGGCAGGGGGUUGGACUCGAUGGCCCUUGUGGUCUCUUCCAACUCUAUGAUUCUAUGAUUCUAUUUGCACUCAAAAGCAUUAAACAAGCAAACUUCUCCUACAAUGUUGUUAUAGCUAACAGUUAAAGGUAGGUAUCUGUGUUGGUCUGCCGUAGUUGAAACAAUUUUUUUUUUAAUCCUUCCAGUAGCACCUUAGAGACCAGCUAAGUUUGUUAUUGGUAUGAGCUUUCAUGUGCAUGCACACUUCCUUAGAUACACUGAAACAGAAGUCACCAGACCAUAGCUGUCAACUUUUCCCUUUUCUUGCGAGUAAUCCUAUUCGGAAUAAGGGAAUUUCCAUUUAAAAAAGGGAACCGUUGACAGCUAUGCACCAGACCCUUAUAUAUAGUGAGAGGGUGGGGAGGGGUAUUACUCAGAAGGGUGGUGGGAAUGGGUGAUUGGCUGAUAGGUGUGGUAAACCUGUUGAUGACUGUUAACGACCGCAAUUGAUCUUACAGGAAAAAGCAAGGGGUGAGAUAGCUAAAAAUAGCUUUAUCAUGUAUAAUGAGAUAAGAAUCCAAUGUCUCUAUUUAGACCAGGUCUCUCCAUGGUUUUAAGUUUGGUAAUAAGUUGCAAUUCAGCAACUUCUCUUUCCAGUCUAUUUCUGAAAUUCUUUUGUAAUAAGACAGCUACUUUGAGAUCUUGCAUAGAAUGUCCUGGGAGAUUGAAGUGUUCUUCUACUGGUUUCUCUGUCUUGUGAUUCCUGAUAUCAGAUUUAUGUCCAUUUAUCCUUUGGCGUAGGGUUUGUAGGCCUCUUUGUCCAAUACAGAGAGCUGAAGGGCACUGUUGGCAUUUGAUGUCAUACACAGUGUUAGAAGAUGAGCAAUUAAAUAGGCCUGAGAUGGUAUGUUUGAUGUUGUUGUGAAGGGACAGGAUACCCAAAUCCUGUCUGUGAAAUCACCCCAGGCCUCAAAACUGUCAAGAAUUCCUUUUGUCUUCUAAAAAUCCAAAACAGCUUUUCUCUGCUCUCCUCUGCUCUAUCACAAGAUGCUGUGCAUAGGCAAAAUGUUACUUUUAAAAGCAAAUGAAUAGCCUCUGUCAAUGCCAAGAAUACUCAGGCCUGAGAAACGAAUCUUAUCUCAUUCAGUUGCAACACCUUUGGACAUGCUGAACUACUCUCAUCCCCCCUUUCCUGGGAAGGGCGCCAAGAGUCCCAAAAGAGUCCCAAAGCAGGAGCUUUCUGUUCAUGCUCAGAGGAACCUCAACAUGGGGCAGGACUCCUGAGGGAGGAGAAAGGAGGAGGGAACUGGAAAGGGGUAUAUAUGCUUGUGCACAUGAUUGUGAACUCGUGCAUGCUUUUGUGGACUAUCACACUUGCUCCUUCUACCAGUUCAUGGAUGGUAGAAAUAAAACCUUUUUUUCCGAAACUAUUCCUUGAGUGUCUGCUGACUCCCACUUCCCUUUCCCAGGCGCAAUAUUUUUCCCACCCGAGGGCAAAGCCUCAUAAGGCUACAGUUGGGUCCAGUGAUGGUGUUGUCUGGGUGUAUGUGGCAGCAAAGUUGGCAUCUGGGUUUAUUGCAGGCUCUGGUGCCAGCGUCCACGCUAAGUAUUAUUGUCCGUGCUUGCUGUAUUACUGGUCUAUAAGGGGCUACCGGAAGGAAUUUUUAAAAAUUUUGUUUCGGUUAUAGCUAACAGUUCAAUGUGAAUCUCGCCAAUGGGUGAGAAUCAAAGGCUGCACAUGACUGGAGAGUACAUACUUAGUGUUCGUGUACAUGAAAAUGCAUGUGUGCGCGAAAGACAAGAUAUAUCAGGUCCCCACACAAGAUACCUAAGUCCUAAAGGCAUUUCCUUGGUAGUGGAUGAGAGCCAAUAAACUGAAGCUCAAGCCAGAUAAGAUGGGAGACACUGUUAGUGGGUGGUUCCCUAGAUCAGAUGAAUAGGAAGGUUGCCUGCUAUUGAUGGAGUUACCAUACUUUCCCUCUAAAGGAGCAGGUAUGCAACUUGGGGUACUUCUCAAUCCAUUGCUGUCCAGAAAGCCUUGGUCAUGGGUAGGCAAACUAAGGCCCGGGGGCCGGAUCCAGCCCAAUCGCCUUCUAAAUCCGGCCUGCGGACGGUCCGGGAAUCAGCAUGUUUUUACAUGAGUAGAAGGUGUGCUUUUAUUUAAAAUGCAUCUCUGGGUUAUUUGUGGGGCCUGCCUGGUGUUUUUACAUGAGUAGAAUGUGUGCUUUUAUUUAAAAUGCACCUCUGGGUUAUUUGUGGGGCCUGCCUGGUGUUUUUGCAUGAGUAGACUGUGUCCUUUUUUUAAAAAUGCAUCUCUGGGUUAUUUGUGGGGCUUGCCUGGUGUUUUUGCAUGAGUAGAAUGUGUUAUUUUAUUUAAAAUGCAUCUCUGGGUUAUUUGUGGGGCCUGCCUGGUGUUUUUACAUGAGUAGAAUGUGUGCUUUUAUUUAAAACGCAUCUCUGGGUUAUUUGUGGGGCCUGCCUGGUGUUUUUGCAUGAGUAGAAUGUAUUAUUUCAUUUAAAAUGCAUCUCUGAGUUAUUUGUGGGGCAUAGGGAAUUCGUUCAUUAUUAUUUUUUUCAAAAUAUAGUCCGGCCCCCCACAAGGUCUGAGGGACAUUGGAGCAGCCCCCUGCUGAAAAAGUUUGCUGACCCCUGGCCUUGGUGGUGCGAGGUGCCUUUCGUCAACAUUGGCUGGUGGCCCAGCUGCACCCCUAUCUGGACUGGAAUAGCCUAACUUCUGACAUCUAUGCUCUGAUAACCUCUAGACCAAAUACUGCACCACAUUAUACGUGGGGCUGCCUCUGAAGACAGUGUGGAAACUUAAGUUGAUAGAAUACAGUGGUACCUUGGUUCUUGAAUGGCUGGGCUUCCAAACAAAUCAGCUCCUGAACGCCGCAAACUCAGAAGUGAGUGUUCCGAUUUGUGAACGCCAGUCAGAAGCCAAAUGUCGGAAACGGCUUCUGUGGCUUCCGAUUGAGUGCAGGAAGCUCCUGCAGCCAAUCGGAAGCUGCGCCUUGGUUUUCGAACCGUUUCGAGAGUCGAACGGACUCCCGAAAUGGAUUAAGUUCGAGAACAGUACCACUGUAUUCACAACUUGCAGACUUAACCUAUAGAAUAAGAGAACAAGAAGAGCAUACGUUUAAAGAAGAUUGGAAAACGUUUAUUGAGUAUAUAGGAAAUAAUUGUGUACAGCUGGAAACACUGACAGCUUUAAGAUAAAUUCAACAGUGUAAAUAAAUUUUGAUGGAUGCAAUAAUGAAUACAAUGGUACCUCUGGUUAAGUACUUAAUUAAUUCCGGAGGUCCGUUCUUAACCUGAAAAUGUUCUUACCCUGAAGCACCACUUUAGCAAAUGGGGCCUCCUGCCGCCGCCACGCCGCCGGAGCAUGAUUUCUGUUCUCAUCCUGAAGCAAAGUUCUUAACCCGAAGUACUAUUUCUGGGUUAGCAGAGUCUGUAACUUGAAGCAUCUGUAACCUGAAGCAUAUGUAACCCAAGGUACCACUGUACUAAAUGGUAUAGUUUUUGUAAAAUAUGCAGGGAUUUUUGAUAUGUAAAAUGAACAAUGGAAAGAGAAAAAGGGAAGUCAUUGAUAUCUUAAGAACUUCAGUUGGUGCAGAAUUCAGAGGCAACCUGUGAGCAGGGCCUUCUCUGCAGUGGCUUCCCACUUACGGAAUGCUCUCCUCAGGGGGGCUCACCUGGCACCUUUUCUUACAUAAUUUUAGGCGCCAGGCAAAAACAUUCCUCUUCCCUCAGGCCUUUGGCUAAUUAAACAUUCUACGGCCUGUAACUGGGAGGGUAUUGUUUUUGUUUGUUACUAUGGUACAUGUUUUUGUGUUUUGAUUUUGUAAACCGCCCUGCGGCCCUCAGAUUUUGCACAAAACUUGGAAAAGUGUGAAUUUUGAAGGAUGGCUGUGUUAUUUUGUUUUUAGUUCUCUUAGUGUUUCGGAAACUGCAAAUUCGAUAGAUUUGCAUUUAAAUGCAAACGGAGUUGCUCCACCAUUCCUAACUCCACACGUACAUUUUUUAUAUAUAUACUUUUUUCUCAGCUGCCAGGGGCCCUUCUUGACCCAAGGUGUGGACCCAAAGGAGAACAGGCUUUUGUCUAUGCCCCCCCCGAAAAAACUUAGGGGUACACCCUUUUUCAGAUCUCUCCUUUGUGCUAUCCCAUUCCGCAGGGGUCCUUGCUUGUGCCAGUGCGGGAGCCCUCGCAGCAAGCACAUCGCUGUAGCCACAGAAGACGCCUUUGGAGCAGCCAUUGUCAGCAAAUGGGACUCGGCCCAACACACAACAGAGGGGCCUACCGAUGCCUAUGGCGAGGUGAAGUUUGUGGGCACCGGCCGCAGACCCAGCAAGGUAAGGUUUUUCCUGGAAGGGGAUAGAUUACGGAGGUGGCAGAGUUAUGGGCGAAGAUAAUAAUAAUAAUAAUAAUAAUAAUAAUAAUAAUAAUAAUUUAUUUAUACCCCGCCCAUCUGGCUGGGUUUCCCCAGCCAUUCUGGGCAGCUUUCAACAAUAGUCUAUUAAACAUUAAAAGCUUCCCUAAACAGGGUUGCCUUCAGAUGUCUUCUAAAAGUCUGGUAGUUGUUUUUCGCUUUGACAUCUGGUGGGAGAGCGUUCCACAGGGCGGGUGCCACUACCGAGAAGGCCCUCUGCCUGGUUCCCAGUAACUUGGCUUCUCGCAGCGAGGGAACCGCCAGAAGGCCCUCGGAGCUGGACCUCAGUGCCUGGGCAGAACGAUGGGAGUGGAGAUCUUGAGGCUGACAUUCUCACUCCUCUUCCCACUGCAGUUCAUACGCCUGUCAGACACGUCUGACCCUGCUGCUGCUUACGGCCUGGUAAUGCACCACUGGAAAAUCCCGCGCCCCAACCUGGUGGUGUCAGUGGUAGGGGGCGAAGGCGAGGUACGGGUGAGGGCCUGGCUUAAGGAUGUGCUGAGAAAAGGGCUCGUCAAAGCCGCCCAGAGCACAGGUAAGGACCACCCUGUGGCCUGUUUUCAUUCCACAUUUUUGCGCGUUCAUCGCUGGUGUUUCAGACUCAUGUGAUCAAAACACUGCACUGGCGCCAGUGUGAUUCCUGGUCCUGCUGAUACUCUGUACCAUGAGUAGGCAAACUAUGGCCCGGGGGCCGGAUCCGGCCCAAUCCCCUUCUAAAUCUGGCCUGCGGAUGGACCAGGAAUCAGCUUGUUUUUACAUGAAUAGAAUGUUUCCUUUUAUUUAAAAUGCAUCUCUGGGUUCUUUGUGGGGCCUGCCUGGUGUUUUUACAUGAGCAGAAUGUGUGCUUUUAUUUAAAAUGGGUUAUUUGUGGGGCAUAGGAAUUCGUUCAUCCCCCCCCACUCAAAAAUAUAGUCUGUCCCCCCACAAGGUCUGAGGGACAGUGGACCAGCCCCCUGCUGAAAAAGUUUGCUGACCCCUGCUAAGUACUGUAUAUAAAACUAAAAAAAAGUUAGGGGAAUUUUCGACGUUAGUAAAGAAACAGCAAUUUGGAUGCGCUAUAAGCACGCAACACCAGAUGGCGCCAGAGGGCAGGAAAUUUUAAAACACACUUUUCCAUAGGGAUUUCUUUCUUUUGUGAUAACAAUCCAGUGCAGGAAUGCAGGGGUACGCAUACCCCUAAACAUUUUUGUUGACAUUCUUUCUGCCAAGAAGCAAAGCUGCUUUCAGCUGCAGGAGCAGGCUUCUUAGGACCCGGUGCGCUCGUCUAUGCCAUUUCCGUUGCCUCCUCCAGCAGUAACAACAAAGGCGGGGGGGGGAGCGCAGCCCGGGCUUCCUUGCCGCUACGGGAACCAAUCACAAAGCAGAGCCUUCCUAGCCGCACGCCGCUAGCUCCUGCCCCCUUCCCUCAAGGCCCGUUCAUGCUUGGAAAACUCUGUGGGGCUGUCCUGGAAGCACCGUGUAGCUGCACCUAUAGACGUAUUUUUAAAAGAUAGCUUGAAAGAUGCAGCGCCAGUUUCCCGCAUAGUUUUCCCCUCCCGCGCACACAACAAAACGUCGUAGCAAAAGGCAAGGCGCUUGUGCUGUUUUUGCACGUGGGUCUUUAAUAAGAGUUUUGACAGCUGCGGCCCUGCGUGCGUUAUAUGUGAGCUGUUUGCUGUGUAUAUGAGGUAAUGCAUGUCCUUUGUACUUUUCUCCAUUUGCUGUAUUUAUUUUCCCCGAUUUGAACUAUAAAAUGGUGAUUUUCUUGAGUCAAAAUGAGAGUACCCCCAAACAUUUUUAUUAUUAUUUUUUUAAAGCACUGUAACAAUUUAAUUUCUGACUUAUUUAUAGUGGGUUCCCCUCCCUCUACCUAUGUCUAGAUCCAGCCUAGAUCAGGCUGCAAAGCUUACUUUUUAUAUAAAGUAAUUGUUGGGGAGGGGCAAAAGGAAAGGGAAAGUUACCAUAUAUUUCGCUCUAUAGGACGCACCCGACCAUAGGACGCACCUUGUUUUAGAGGGGGAGAACAAGAAAAAAAAAUCUCUCCCUCUCUGCUCAGCGCCCCUUCAGUGAAGUGGCAGGAGAAACGGAGCCCCUUCCAUUUCUCCUCCCGCUUCGCUGAAGGGGCACUGUGCAGAGCCUCUCCAGCAAAGCGAAGCCAGGAGAGCAAGAGGGAUUGGUGCGUACCGACCCCUCUUGCUCUCCAGGCUUCAGCGAAAGCAACGUUAAGCCUCCGGAGCGCAGCAGGAGUGCCCGCUGCGCUCUGGAGGCUUCAGGCGGCUAUCCCUGAAGCCUAGAGAGCUAGAGGGGUCGGUGCACACCAACCCCUUGCGAUCUCCAGGCUUCAGCAAAAGCAACGUGAAGCCUCCGGAGCGCAGCAGGAGCGCCCACUGCGCUCCGGAGGCUUCACAUUGCUAUCGCUGAAGCCAAGGAGCCUGCAUUCGCUCCGUAAGAUGCACACACAUUUCCCCUUAAUUUUUGGAGGGGAAAAAGUGCGCCUUAUAGAGCGAAAAAUACGGUACUUACUGUGCUGGUGGGUUUUAGGGUGUGAGGAUGCAUACUCUCCAGCCAUCCCUAUUCUCCCGGGAUAUUCCCAAAAUUACAGAAUUACACCCUGGCUUCUGAUUUGAUCCCGGAAUGUCCUGGGGAUGAUCUGGAGCUUGCAAUGGUGCCGCUCUUUUGUGCAAGACAGCUGACUUGUGCAUCACCAGAAGACACACGUCCCAAUUUUCAUCAGGGGAAUGUUGGGCGGUAUGGAUAUAUGAUUUCCAAGGUAAAAUGAUAUUAGCAACUUUUGUAGAGACGCACCUUUGGAUGUUUGCUGCAGCAUCUUACUGUGGGCUGCUCUUAGAAUCAUAGAAUCUUAGAGCUGGAAGGAACCCAAUGGUCAUCUAGUCCAACCCCCUGCAAUGCCCUCUUACUCAGUGUUUUUUGUCCUGCACUGUAGUAGUAUUAGUAGUAGUAGUAGUAGUAGUAGUAGUAGUAAUUUAUUAUUUAUACCCCAUCCAUCUGGCUGGGUUUCCCCAGCCACUCUGGGUGGCUCCCAACAGAACAUUAAAAACUCGAUAAAACAUCAAACAUUAAAAACUUCCAUAAACAGGGUUGCCUUCAGGUGUCUUCUGAAAGUCAGAGAGUUGUUUAUUUCCUUGACAUCUGAUGGGAGGGCGUUCCACAGGGUGGGAGCCACUACCAAGAAGGCCCUCUGUCUGGUUUCCCUGUAAUCUCACUUCUCGCAGUGAGGGAACCACCAGAAGGCCCUCGGCGCUGGACCUCAGUGUCCAGGCUGAACGAUGGGGGUGGAGAUGCUCCUUCAGUAGCUGUUGAGUUAGGGAUCAAAAACUGAUCGGCCUUGCUGGGGGGCAGGCAAGUAGGGUUUUGUGGGGGUUAUUGCUCAGAUUUGACCUAGGGGAAAUGGUAAGAAUUAUACAAGUAAACUUCGUUCCGUGGCUAUUACACUGUGUAGCUGUAACACAAAAAACCCAAAAUAAUUUAAAAAAAAACAACUGAUGGGCUGUGGGACAAAUCCUGUCCUCUGAUUCCCUCACCCAUUCUGUAAACAACAACAACAACAACAACAACCUCACUGAGCUGUACAUCAGCAAAACAAUUAAAACAAUGAAACAACUAUUACAGCAAUAAACAUGUAAAACAGCAGAGGUGGCAGUAAAUGCAUAUAUAAGCCUCCGAAGGGCAGAAUGACAGUUGAUGCUUGAAAAAACCUGGACAAGUACACGGAAAUAAAAGUUUAUUUGUCAAUAAAAAGCAAUUUGACAGCAGGCUGGGAUUGGGGGUUGGGGGAAGACUUCUAGGGAAAAUAGGUGACUGACCAAGGUACUAAGGCUACAACUGCCACUCUCUUGGUGCUAUCACUUGAAAUAUUUACAGUAAUUGAAACUCGCUAAAAUGAAAGCUGUUGCUAGAUAAUUCUGCAAUGAUCCCAUGUAGUUCUGCAAUAAUUCCAUGUAAUUCUGCAAUAAUUCUAAUGAGGCUGCCCUUCAAAACGAGAAAAUAAGCUGUUCUUUCCUCCUGUGUGAUUAAUUAUUCCCACCCUGUGCAUCUCUACUUGGCUUUAGUGCAUUCCUUUUGCUCUGGAUUUCUUUUAAUGUCCUCUGGUUGCAGUAUAAACGAAAAGGGGAAGGCAAAGGCAGGAACAGGAGAGGCAACAGAGGAGGAGGCUGUUGCCUGCCAGCUACUGUUUGGAUUAUUUUUGUAGAAGAAUUAAUACAAUAGGGACAUUCUACUCUAAAACAAGAGAACGUCUCUCUUUUCGUGCAAAACGUUGGAGCGUGUGAUCGAAUCUUUGUGUGCCACUGGAUAUAAAAUCUUUUUCAUAGUUCUGUUUGGUACAGUGGUACCUUGGUUCUCAAACUUAAUCCGUUCCGGAAGGCCGUUCCAAAACCAAAGCGUUCCAAAACCAAGGCACACUUUCUCAUAGAAAGUAAUGCAAAAAAAUGGAUUAAUCCAUUCCAGACUUGAAAAAACAACCCCUAAAACAGCAAUUUAACAUGAAUUUUACUAUCUAACAAGACCAUUGAUCCGUAAAAUGAAAGCAAUAAACAAUGUACGUGCCUUGGGUUACGGACUUAAUUCGUUCUGGAGGUCCGUUCUUAACCCGAAACCAUUCUUAACUUGAGGCACACUUUUUCUAAGGGGGCCUCCUGCUGCCGUUGCACCACCAGUGCGCAAUUUCUGUUCUCAUUCUGGGGCAAAGUUCUUAACCCGAGGUACUACUUCCGGGUUAGCGGAGUUUGCAACCCGAAGUGUUUGUAAUCCAAAGCGUUUGUAACCUGAGGUACUACAGUAGCGAAAACAGACACACCUCAGCAUAACGGCUCAAAACAGAACUGUGGCACUCAAAACAGAAGUGUGGCACUCAGACUGGAAGCAUAACACUCAAAACGGAGCACAUUCGGCUUCCGAUAAAAGUUCGCAAACCGGAACACUUACUUCUGGGUUUGCAGUGUUUGGGUUCCAAGUUGUUUGAGUACCAAGGUGUUUGAGGACCAAGGUUCCACUGUACUUGGGGUGUACAGUCAUACCUCUUGUUCAGGUUACGUUCUUUCAGGAUACGUCCUGCUGCGACCCGGCAGUAAUGGAACAGGUUACUUCUGGGUUUUGCCGCUCGAGCAUGCGCAGACGCUCAAAAUGACGUCAUGCGCAGAAGCGGCGAAUCGCGACUCGUGCAGACGCAGGUUGCGUUCUGCUCAUGUUGCUAACAGGGCUCCAGAACAGAUCCCGUUCGCAACCAGAGGUACCACUGUACUUUGGAGGCAGUAUGUGUUUCUGCGGCUGCAGAAGUGCGCUCAAACAGGAGGUUGCUUUUGUACAUUUCACAAGGAGGAGAGACCUGCCUGCAUUGUGGAAGGCAAAGAAAGCUUGCGUGCAUGACUGAAGGAGAAGGAAGCGACAGCUGCUGCUUCCAGAAGGGUGUUUUGUGUGCUUUUCUUACUCUUAUUCCUGUCAGUGUUUAUGUUUGAGAAGGAGUGCUGUUUUGGGGUGUGUUUAUGGCAGCAGUUGUGAGCCUUUUGCUGGGGCGUGGGUUAUUGAGAGAGAGGGAGAGAGGGCCUGGGUACACAGCGGGACAUUCCCAGCCUGGCUUGUGUGCGUGUAAUUUGUGAGAUAGUCAGGUUAUGUAUGGGUCACGGGGUUGAUCCUUGUCCAAUAGGUGUGUCUCAAGUGAAUGAUUGGCAUCCUCUGUCUUGUGUGGUCAUUUGUCAAAUAUAACAACAGGUUACACCUAUUAGCAAGGGGGUGGCCUAGGGGCAGGCAGCGUGACAGCUGCUUUCAACAGUCCCAGACAAGCACACCACCUUUCAAUAUUUAAAUAAAUAUUGAUGAAAUGUGUAAUGAAUAUUGAAAAAAUAUAUUUUAAUAAUAACAAUAUGCACAGAGAUGGAAAGAAAAUGUAGCUGCAACCAAGGAAGAGUGGCAGACAAAACUGAUGGAGUAUGCAGAAAUGGCGACACUUGCCAGAAAAAUAAGAAACUAAGAAGAGAUAAUAUUAUUUAUUCAUUCAUUCAUUCAUUCAUUCCCCACCCAUCUGGCUUGGCUUCCCCAGCCACUCUGGGCAGCUCCCAACAGAAUAUUAAAAAUACAAUAAAACAUCAAACAUUAAAAACUUCCCUAAACGGGGCUGCCAUCAGAUGUCUUCUAAAAGUCAGAUAGUUCUUUGUUUCCUUUACAUCUGGUGGGAGGGUGUUCCACAGGGCGGGUGUCACUACUGAGAAGGCCCUCUGCCUGGUUCCCUGUAACCUCACUUCUUGCAGUGAGGGAACCGCCAGAAGUUCCUCGGAGCUGGACCUCAGUGUCCAAGCUGGGCAAUGGGGGGAAUUUUGUGGGCUGUUUGAGGAACUAUUGUAAAUCGUUAGCUGUCAGGGACUGGGCAGAGGAGGAGGAAAGGUGGAGACCCCUUCCCCUCCUGACCCAGGGAGGAGGUAGAGGAAGACAGUAUAGAUUUACAACAGGGGUUUGCGGGAGGUUGCAGCUCAGAGGCAGAUGAGGGGAAAAGCUGGGGGAAAUCAUGGGAGAGCCGGAACAACACCCGGCUGACAUGUUGUCAUUAGAAAGCAUUCCAGACUCCCCAUCUCCCAGAAUCAGGCGAGCUUUAAAAGUAGGAGAGCAAAGAGCUCAAAGGCAGAGGGCGUGUUGCAGCACCCAUAGAAGGUGAUGGAUUAGUAAGUGAGAGAGACGGGGCAGAGAUUGACUUGGGACAACGCCAUUAUCCAAGAGCAGGCAUAGGCAAGCUCCAGCCCUCCAGAUGUUUUGGGACUACAAUUCCCAUCAUCCCUGACCACUGGUCCUGUUAGCUAGGGAUGAUGGGAAUUGUAGUCCCAAAUAUCUGGCGGGCCGGAGUUUGCCUAUGCCGGUCCAAGAGGCUCUGUUCUAUAACCUCUCUCUGUAAAGUUUGAAAUUAAAAAAAGGAAUGUUAGAAACUUUUCCUUGUCUUUAUACUUUCCUGGGCAACCAGCCAGGAGCUGCUGACAUUAGCAGGAUUAAUAUAAAAAUGUGCCGUAAGAAUUAAUUUAAGGGGAAUAUCAAUAAUUAAAUUCAUCUGGAUAUGCAGUAAUAAAGGAUAAAACAUAAGUAAGCAAAGAAGGGGGGAGGGGAGCCGAUUUAAGGAUUUGUUUAUUUUUAUUGGAUAUAUGAUUUUUUAAAAAUUGUUUAUUUAUUUAUUUAUACUUUUCAAGUUUGUGCAUUUCACUAAUUUUGUACAUUUCACUAAUUUUACAAUCAUUUUGACAUUUCAGAACUUGACUUCCUUCCCCCUCUUUCUGCGGUUCCUUAAAUUUGUCUUUAAUAUCUUCUGCACAUCCAAAUUAACCCAAUUUACUAAUUUAUUCAUCUUCCCUAACUAUAUACUCUUAUAAAACUGCAGGUUAUUACAAUAAUCCUGCCGAUGUUUUUAUCUGUUUAUAAUUUAUCUGUAAAUACUCAACAAACCAUUUCCAUUCUUUUGUUAAAAAAUUAUAAUUGUAUCUUGAUUUCUUAUUCUUCCGGUAAGUUUCUCUGUUUCUGCAUAUUCCAUAAGUUUUUGUAUCCAUUCUUCCUUUGCUGGGACUUCUGCUUCUUUCCAUGUUGGGGCAAGUAACAUUCUUGCCGCUGUAGUAGCAUACAUGAAUAAGUUCCUAUACAUUUUAGGUAGUUCUGUCCCUAUAAUUCCCAAAUUAUAGGGACAGAUAUGCAAUUUUGGAUAUGUAAUUUUGUGUAAAAUUAUUUGUAAAAUGGCAAAAUGAAAAAUAAUUGAUGAUGAUGAUGAUGAUGAUGAUGAUAAUGUUUUAUUUCCAAGACCAUACUUUAUUUUUAUUUUUUGGUAACACAUGCCACUUUAGUAAUGCACACACGCUUUGCCGCUCCUACGCAGGUGCCUGGAUUAUGACUGGUGGGCUCCAGGCUGGCGUCGGACGCCAUGUUGGGGAAGCUGUGAGGGACCACACGACCGCUAGUUCUAACCCCAGCACCCAUGUGGUGGCGAUGGGCAUUGCUCCGUGGGGCAUCGUCGAGCAGCGCCAAUGUCUUGUGAACCCCAAGGUAUCGGAGAGGGGGGUGACAGAGAAGACCGCAAAUGGGUACAGAGGUGAUGGGAUGGGCAUGGAAGACGCAGCAGGUUAUUUCGGUCCAUCUGUCAGGGCGCGGGGGGGGUCAAGAGCAGGUCAGCAAUAACUCACAUGGUGUCAGUGAACUCUCUUCAUUCAAAGAAACGAAAUCAGCGCAGGAGGAUAGGUCUUGUAAGCACAGCAACUCUUCCCAGUCAAUCUUGCCCAAAUGAGGCAAGUACCGUAUUUUUCGCUCUAUUAGCAUAGCUGUCAACCGUCCCUUAUUUGGCGGGAAACUCCCUUAUCCCAGCGCUGUGUCCUGCGCACCGAUCCCUCUUGCUCUCCUGGCUUCAGCGAAAGCUGCACAGCCUGCAUUCGCUCCAUAAGACGCACACACAUUUCCCCUUACUUUUUAGGAGGGGAAAAGUGCGUGUUAUAGAGCAAAAAAUACGGUAGUCAGGAGUGAAGGUCACCACCUUCCCACAGGUGCCCAAGUCUCCUCCCUUCCUGGGUCCCUUCAGAGCAAUCUGAGACUACCAUGCCGUGUCUGUCUUUGCUCUGUCCUCUUCACACCUCUUUGGGUUCUGGGAUGCCAGCAAGGAGGGGAGCUGGGCUGGGACUCCCUGGCUUCUUCACAAGCUGGUCGCUUCUCUGCAUCUUGGCCAGCCUCUGCUUCUGCUUCUGGACUGCUCUCUGCCACAGGCUCUCCCUGCUCACUAAACCCUGUUACCUCUUCAGCUUAUGAAACCUCUCCUGCUCGCAGUCUUCUCCCUCUUCUUCCUCUGACCACACAUCAUCACACCCCAGGCUCUGGGCCUUCUUCCCUUGGGGGUUCCCCAGCUGGUGCCUCCCACUUCUCCUCUGCAUCCAACUAAUAUAUUAAUAAGAAUUUAUUAUUUAUACCCCACCCAUCUGGCUGGGUCUUUCCAGCCGCUCUGGGCGGCUCCCAACAGAAUAUUAAAAACACGAUACAUCAGACAUUAAAAACUUCCCUAAACAGGGCUGCCUUCAAAUGUCUUCUAAAAGUCAGAUAGUUGUUUAUUUCCUUGACAUCUGGCGGGAGGGCGUUCCACAGGCAGGCACCACCACUGAGAAGGCCCUCUGCCUGGUUCCUUGUAACCUCACUUCUCGCAGUGAGGGAACCGCCAGAAGGCCCUCGGAGCUGGACCUCAGUGUCUGAGCUGAACGAUGGGGGUGGAGACGCUACUUCAGGUAUACUGGUCCGAGGCUGUUUAGGGCAGGCAUAGGAAAACUUGGCCCUUCAGAUGUUUUGGGACUACAACUCCCAUCAUCCCUAGCUAACAGGACCAGUGGUCAGGGAUGGUGGGAGUUGUAGUCUCAAAAUAACCGGAGAGCCAAGUUUGCCUAUGGUUGCUUGAAAGGUCAGCACCAACACUUUGAAUUGUUCCUGGAAAUGUACCGGGAGCCAGUGUAGGUCUUUCAGGCCUGGUGUUAUGUGUUCUUGGCGGCCACUCCCAGUCACCAGUCUAGCUGCCACAUUCUGGAUUAAAAGUCCCUGGCACCUUCCUUCAUUUGCUCCCUGUUUUUCCCUCCUUCUGCAGGGUUUGUUCCCAGCACUUUACCCCAGGACAGUCCCUUCUGCCCCUUACUGCCCUCUGGAUGCCAACCACUCUGCCUUCUUCUUGGUGGACAACGGGACGCAGGGCAGGGUGGGCGGCGAGGCCUCCUUCCGUGCCCGCCUGGAACGCUACAUUGCCCAGCAGAAAGUGGGAGCUGGCGGUAAGACACUUCCACCCAUACGCAAGGAUUGCAUUUCCUUGGCUUACCUUGGGGUGGGUGGCAACUUCCACAGCCUCAAAAGAGGAAUUGCAUCAGGAUGUGGGGGGAGAGGCCAAGUUUAUUUCUUUCCAAAAAAAGGAAGUUAACGUUUACAUAUGAUGCUGUAUUUGUACAGUUGCAGAUUUAGAGGUGAUUUCUGUAAUUUAAAUUCAUAGAGAGUCUAUCUGAAAAAAAACACCAAGAAUUGAAUUUGUAUCAAAAUGGGAGGCCUUCAGAACAUAUCUUAAACACAAUUAUAUCAUGUUAAAAUCUGUAGUAGCUUUUGAGUGAUCCCAGCAGUUUUUAUUCAUUGCUUAUAUAAAUAUAAACAUUUAUAAAUUGUGAAAAUAUUAACAUAAAGAAUGGUAUUUCGAUAUGGCUGUAAAUUUAUGUAAAAAGAAUUAUGGAAUAAAUGGGAAGUCGGGUAUAAAAGAUAAUGAGAUUUUUUUACUUUUAUUGUAGCAUGAAAUUGUAAUCGUAAAUUGUUGUCAAAAUUUUUAUCUUAAUAACAGAUUGUGUAAAUUUCAUUUUCUUUCCUUUCCCCUCCCCUCUUAAGUUGUACCCCCUUUUCAGUAUUGUUCCCUUUUUUUUGUAUGUAAUAAGCAUGGAAAUAAGAUAAAAUUUUAAAAAGCAAAAAAAACAAAACAAAUUUAAAUUCAAAUACAAUACAUUGGGAUGUGUGCGAUGCUGGUCCUACUCAGAGUAGACCAAUUGAAAUUCUGUUUAAUAAUAAUUUAUUAUUUAUACCCCACCCAUCUGGCUGGGUUCUCCAAGCCACUCUGGGCAGCUUCCAACAGAAGAUUAAAAAUACAUUAAAACACCAGUCAUUAAAAACUUCCCUAAACAGGGCUGCCUUCAGAUGUCUUCUAAACGUCAGAUAGUGUAUGUAGGUUCCUGCCCCAGGUGUCCUCAGUUGCAACGCUUUUUACUGCUGCUUCUGUUUUAUGUUAGCCUAGCGACAACAGCAGUAAGCUUCCUCAGACACAUGGUCCUUUGCAGAGGGAAAGCCCUCGUAUCACUUAAAUGAGCCAAGCGGUGCCAGACCUGGUGGUGGGAGGGUUUGGGUCAGUGCCCCCUUAGGAAAAAGGCCUGUCUCCCACAUCCCUGGGGGUGAGGCCUGAUUUUUCUCCCACUUGGCAAACCUGUUCUGUAUUCCUUCAGCCCAUAAAUGACGGAAUGUUUUCUUGAGCAAACUACUUUGUCAGCUCAGGAGAAGGCUGAAGAUUAGGAGGACCUUACUCUCUAACGUCAAAGUUUCUACACAGAGGAUGUUGUUGUUAUUUGUAUUGGAGGAAUAUUCAGUUUGUGCUCCCCCCCCCCAUCUGUUGUUUGAAAUAGCAGCGUUCAGGCACCUUAGCGAGGCCAGAGUUUGCUGCCUCAUUAACUAAUACAGUGGUACCUCGGUUGUCGAACAUAAUCCAUUCCAGAAGACUGUUCGACUUCCGAAAUGUUGGACAACCGAGGCGCAAUAGGCUGCUGGCAAAGGGAAUGGAGAAAAUUGAGAAACGCGCCUCAGAAGCCGUUCAGCUUCCGAGGCACGUUUGAAAACGGAAACAUUCACUUCCGGGUUUUUGGCGUUCAAAAACCAAAACGUUUGGCUUCUGAAACGCUCAAAAACCAAGGUACCACUGUAUGCAUUUACAGUGGACACUCGGGUUGCGAACAUAAUCCGUGUGGGAUGCACAUUCGCAACCCGCAGCGUUCGCAACCCACAUCUGCGCAUGCGCGGGUUGUGAUUUAGUGCUUCUGCGCAUGUGCGACCGCCAAAACCCGGAAGUAACCCGUUCCAGUACUUCUGGGUUUUGGCGGGUCCGUAACCCAAAAAAACACAACCUGAAGCGUCUGUAACCUGAGGUAUGACUGUACCCAGAAUUCUGUGGCUGCUACACUUCCAGACCCCUGGGCAGCUUCCCCCGUGAGAGAUUUCUGUCCUGGUAUCCCAAAAUAUUGGUCCUUUGUUUUGCCCUUCAUCAUUAGGUUUCUCUUGUGUAAUUUCCUUAUCUCACUGCUGCUGCCCGCAGGUGCUGGGAGUAUUGAGAUUCCUGUGUUGCUGCUGCUCAUCAGUGGGGACUCGGCUAUGUUCAAGGUAAUGGGCGUGAGAGCUUGUGAAGGGAAGUGGGACGGGGGGGAGGGUUGCAUACCCCUCAACUGUCCUGGGGAAAGCAGGACACCCUGCUUUUUUGCAUGAGAGCACGGCAGCCAUUUUGGGUGCUGCGAUAUUGCAUUGAGGGGGGGGAACCUUUUGGGAAGGACUGCAAUUUCACACGGGAUCACGUGACUCACCCGGGAGCAUGGCCGCAAGCUGCAUCCUGGCUAUUGGCCUGGACCUUUUGGAGGGUAUGGGCUUAUGGGAGACACCCAGUCCUGAAAGAACGAGCUGUUGGGAAGGAGAGACGCAAAUGAAGUGGUCGCUGUGAACGUGGUAAAAGGGGCAGUAGGAAGUGAGGUGGACAGACUCGAGGUUUGCCAGAUCUACAGUGGAAACUCGGUUGUCGAACGUAAUCCGUUCCGGAAGACCGUUCGGCUUCCGAAAUGUUCGACAACCGAGGCACAAAGGGAGAAUGUCAAUUUCAAUGGUGAAAAUGGAAAAACAUGCCACGGAGGCCGUUUGACUUCCGAGGCACGUUAAAAAACAAAUUCAAUUACUUCCGGGUUUUUGGCGUUCGAAAACCGAAACGUUCAGCUUCCGAGAUGCUUGAAAACUGAGGUUCCAUUGUAUUUUUAAUUUUUUUUUACUAGAACCUCAGAAUCUACAAACCAGGAGCCAGGAGAAAAAGACAUAGCUGAAAUUUAAAAACAAACCAACCAGGGUGCCUCUGAGCACAUUCUGACCUUAAGAAUUUGAUUUCUGUGCAAUGACUGAACUGAGCUCACAAUCCUUUCACGUCAAAGUCCGCUUCCAGUUAGCUUUUUCCGGCUGCAAACAUUUAAAGCUCAUUCUAAAGCACACACCUCUUUGUGGAAUCCUGGGGGGGGGGGGGGCACGCGUUGCAUUGCUGGCGACCUUUCCCCUUUCUCACUCUGUCUCCCUUUCCGGCCUUGGGGGAGAGGACGGGGUGUUCAAUAAAUCUGCCGUCCAGUGCAUUUCCCCUGCGCCAAACCUCUGUGGAAAAUGACCUAGGCAGAGUAGCAGAGUAGCAGCGGUUGCCUUCCGUGUGAGAAGGAGAAGUAAAGAGUCCAGACACUGUCUCUUCUAUCUCUAAUAGCGUUUAUUUACAAGCAGUAAAUCCAUCAGAACUUGGAGACAUUCUGUGCCGGAGCUUCUUCCUGAGGCAACUUCUGAACAUCCUCAAAGGAUUCAGGUUCACACCUAGCCGCGCCAACCCACACAUGGGGGGAACUAUGCGCGGGGCAGGCCCCACUUUGCCGCACUCCUGGUGCUAUUUGCCCCACGCUCCUGGCUGCAUACCGUAAGGAUAUAAACCGCACUUUAACUUUUGGAAUUUGUGGGGGGGAAAGUGUGGCUUAUAUUCAGGCCAGAACGGUAAUGAAAACAAAACAAGAACAGAGAAAAGGAAAAACAGAGAGAACCUGAAAUAUCCCUAGUGCCCACUGGCCCAAACCAUUUCGCGGCCCCUGGCUUUGUAGGUUUCUGAGGGGCUCAUCUUCUGUCUUGUUCUUCCCCUCAGCGCGUCUCUGAUGCGGUCCAUGCCUCCAUCCCUUGCCUGCUCUUGGCAGGAACUGGAGGAGCAGCUGACUGCUUAGCUGGGUUGCUGCAGGAGACACAGCCUGGAGAGCCCAUGAAGGCCCUGGCGAUGAAGAAGAUGCAGGGGAAGUUCCCCGCUGAUGAACUGGAGGACUUGGCAGAGGAGGUAGGAUCCAGAACUGCAACUCCCUGACCCCCUUCACAAAUUCUUCUUUCUCCAUGGCCUUCCCAGAGCUCACAUUCAUUCCUGUGGGGCUUUGAGACUUCCCAUUACUAGUCCUUAGGGUCAUGGGCACUUGAAAAUCUCUCUCUGGGGAAGGGAAUAUCGUUUUCUCUCACAGAUCUCCAAGACAAUGCUUCUUUUUUCCCUCAGGUGGAGCAAAUUGGGGCUCUAAGGGAACUGGUCACCGUCUAUUCAGACCAGGAGGGUCUCGAGGAGUUUGAGACUGUCCUUCUUCAAGCGCUGGUGAAAGGUGUGUACCCUACCACAGAUAUCUCUGGCUGAGCUGUGGCUUUGGGGUUUACCUCCCCAAUCAACCUCUUAUUGCGUUGGAUAUUUCCUAAAUAUAAAAGUGGGCUGUAGAAGUUUUAUACAAACUCCUUUCCAGUCAAUGGUUCCUACUAACCUUCAGUCCUGAGCUCUGAAAAAUAACCCAGUCAUGGAAGUUAGCGAACAUUCCAGAAAGUCCUUCGUUCAGUGGUUAAGGGAAAUUCUGGGGUGGCACCAACAUCAUAAAGAAGGAACCUCCAGAUGUGGUGCCUGUCUGGCCUUUGCAAUAUUUUAAAAGUUAACAUGGGCUGGAUAUGAACCACAAAAGGAAGUCAACCAGGACUGAGAUUUGCCAAACAUUUCCAACUUGCAUUUAAUUGUUUGAGGGUUGUAUCCAUCUAAGUUCUACUUAGAUUUAGCCCACUGAAAUUAAUGAACCUAAGUUGACCAUGUCCAGAAGCUGCAAUAGGUUUACCCUGAGUUGGACUAGCAUUGAUGACACGCCAACCCUAAAUGUUGCUUUCAAUAUAGAAAUCAAAUAAUUAAAAUAGGUUGACGCAUUGUAAGCAACAUAUUGGCAUGGUAUCAAUUAUUAUAUCAAUGUAAGCCACAAAAGUACCCAAAAUGUCCCAUAAACAUUUUUGUCAAGGCUGCCUCAAGUCUCAGCUCACAAAAGACCAACGCCUAUGUCUUCUUAUAUACAAAAGUGUUUAUUGCAGUUCAUUGUUUGCUUGACAUCCUAGGCGCGCAGCCUUACGUCUGCUACGCUUAGACCGCUGAAGUCCCCUCUGAAUCCGUCCCUCCUCUGCACCAAUUUAAGAGGCUUGCGCUGCUCCACCUCUUUCUCUCUUUCCUUUUCCGCAGGGUCCUUCUGCCCUCUGGGGUUUCGCCCCUCCUGGAUUCCUCUGACGCGGAAUCAGACUGCUCUUCCCCCCUCCUGCGGGCUUUGGGACCUGGCCCCUCCUCCGGGCUCCCUGUACUUCCGCGCGCCUCUACAUGUGAACUUGGCGCGCGCGCCAAACCUCUAACUUUCCGUUUGACAGUUACACUACUCCCUUCACGGCUCCCCUCCCCUUCCGGGAGGGCGGCUUGCUCGGACCUCCCUCCCUUCUCUGCGGCCGGAGCCGCGUCCCUGACACACUGGAAACUCCACCCCCUUCGCUGCACUCUGGUGGGGAGGCUGGUCCUGACGCCCAGCUGCCACUUUGGGAUCCUCCGCUGGCCCCCUGCUCCUGACACGUCCCCCUGGGGCUCCUGGCCUUGACCACCGGCGCCCCUUCUGGGAAUCCUCUGAUUCGCUGGAAAGACUCAUGGAAUCUCUUGAGUCAUUGUCAUCCUCUUCCUCGCUGGCUUGGGAUUCAUCCCCAUCGCUCUCCAUCUCCUGCCUACCCUGUGCCUCUCUCCUUGAACCCCUGACAAUUUUGAUCAAAUCUGUUAAAACAGUUUAAGAAUCCAUCCCAGUUCUUUUUUUAAAAAAAGGUUUCUACCCUAUCGUCUUGUUUCAUAUUAUAUAGUUUGGGGUUCAAUUUCUGUAGCUAAUCCAAGCAAAGUAACCCUGGUGUUUCAUUUCAAAACUAAGUCUUUCCCAUAGACAUCUCCUCCUUGCAAAGAUCUCAUUUCCCUUUUCUGAAAAUUUAUCCUCUCCCUUACAAGGAUUCCCUUCUCCUCACACCCACCAUCCUCUCCCCAUUUACGGUGCUGCAGAGGGAGACAGGGGAAGCCAAGGCUAAGGAGGUCUCUGCUUCUCCCCUCAUUUCAGCCUGUAAACAAUCGCGCGAGGCCACCUGCUACCUGGAUGAGCUGCACCUGGCUGUGGCCUGGAACCGUGUGGACAUUGCUAGCACCGAGCUGUUCCGUGGGGAUGUUGACUGGGAGGUGAGUCAGCAGGGAAAGAGGGGACAGGAUGAAAGCAAAGGCAGAGAAGGCAUGGAGGAAGGGACUUUUGCAGGGCUGGGUGCAGACUAGGGCUGGGUGAUAUAUCAAUCUGUUAUAAGAAAAAUAUUGCUCCCUUUCCCUUAUGGGGUGUCUAAGAGCCCAUACAGAGUCCUUAAGGAGGUUCUCUAUCGGUAGGAGAAAAUAACAGAGGCCAACCAGAGAAUAUUGAGAAGCAAAGCAGCUAGUAAGCCUGAUCUUUAUUAAACUGUUGCAACAGGGUCCCCCGCUCACCCCACGCAGGGAGGGAGGAGAGGAACCCAGAACAUUGGUGUACAAGCUGUUAUAUAGACUUUUGAAAUUGCCUACCCUGUAGCUCAAGACCACCCCCCAAAACAUCAUACAUACAUCACAGAAAGAGGUGGUCCCCAGCAGAAAUUUGAGUGUGUUGCUUCUCUCCUGUCUGCCAGGAUACCUGAUAAUGCCUUAUCUGAUUGCCUUUUCUGGGUAGCCUGGCCAUUCCUUUGAGGUGGUAAAUACUUAGUUCCUGAAUCUCUUAGUGUGCUCAGCUUAACAGAUACUUGCCAGACUGUAUUUACAGGGAGGUGUAAGCCCCUACAGUCAAAAAGACAAUUGGAAAGCUUUUCUCAUUUCCUUCCUCCUUGCAGAGAAACAUUUUAGGUCAAUUUGGGAGAGUCAAAAUGGCUUCAGGAUUGCUCUCCUGUACUAUUUCAGACACGUGGUUUAUAUUCUUAUGUAUGUGUUUGCAUUGUACAUUUAUGAACAUUUAUUUUUUAUAUAUAAGACCCUAGAGUUCCUAUAACAAUUAUAUAAUCCAAAACCAGUUUGAAGUCCAUAUCAAGAUAUCUGGUUGCGUAAUUUUUGACCUGGCAAUAUAUUGUGAAUUAUGCUGUGUAAAAGGUAAAGGUAAAGGACGCGGGUGGCGCUGUGGUCUAAACCACUGAGCCUAGGGCUAGCAGAUCAGAAGGUUGGUGGUUUGAAGCCCCACGACGGGGUGAGUUCCUGUUGUUCGGUCCCAGUUCCUGCCAACCUAGCAGUUUGAAAGCACGUCAAAGUGCAAGUAGAUAAAUAGGCACCACUCUGGCGGGAAGGUAAAUGGCAUUUCCGUGCACUGCUCUGGUUUUGCCAGAAGCGGCUUAGUCGUGCUGGCCACAUGACCCGGAAAAACUGUCUGCGGACAAAUGCCAGCUCCCUCGGCCAGUAAAGGGAGAUGAGCACUGCAACCCCAGAGUCGUUCGCGACUGGACUUAACUGUCGGGGUCCUUUACCUUUACCUUUAAAGGCAAAUGGCAAUGUGCAAGAGAUAUUCACACACACACACACACACACACACACACACACACACAGUGGUACCUUGAGUUACAAGCGCUUCAGCUUACAGACUCUGGUAACCCAGAAGUAGUACCUCAGGUUAAGAACUUUACCUCAGAAUGAGAACAGAAAUCGCAUGCCGGCGGCAGCGGGAGGCCCCAUUAGCUAAAGUGGUACUUCAGGUUAAAAAUGGACCUCUGGAACAAAUUAAGUUUGUAACCAGAGGUACCAGUAUGUGUGUGUAUGUGUGUAUGAAUAGCAGGUUGCACAAGAGCAACAGGAGUAUCUCAUCCAUUAUUCUCAUGGGGUUUAUCCUCCCAUCCCCUUUUACCUCCACCCCUUCUCUCUUCUACAGCCUAGCCUUCUGAUGGACCCGAUGCACGACGCAUUGGUGGGCGACCGUCCCGCCUUGGUGCGCCUCUUUGUGGAGAACGGACUGGACAUUGGGCAGUUCCUGACGUGGGGGAAGCUGGAGCAGCUCUACGCGGGGACCCCGAGCGGCACGCUUCUACAUCAGCUGCUGGAGCGGCGCCAAGUCGCAGGCCCUGAGCCCACCUCACCUGCUGAAUACUUGCUGCUGGAUCGGUCCCUGCCUGAGUACCAGCUGCCCCAGGUGGCUCACAUCCUCCAUGACCUGCUGGGGGAUGUCUGUGCUCCCUUUUAUGACGGAUUGCACCCUGCCAGAACGACAGGGGUAGGUGAACCAGGUCAAAGGCUCAUCUUGCAGUGAAGUGCCCCUUCUAAUGUGCACGUUUUGCAAACUGAUAUAUAUAUAUUUGAAUGCUGUUUUUCCUAAUGUGUGCAUGCUUUCCCUUAAUAUAGUGAUACACGCCAUCCCAGUCUCCAGGUUGCCAGGUGCGCUUAUCAGGGUCUGCCUUUCCCUUUGGAACAAAGAGGCACAGUGGAGAAUGUGGGAUCUUUAUAGGGUUGCCACCUUUGUUCUGGCAACAUAUAAGGCAGGGCAGGGCAGGGCUGGGGUUUUUGUUUUUUCCCCAUCUUGUGUUGAAGUGACUUCAAAGCAAUCCAUUACAAUCUAUUGCAGCCUAACAGAAUAUCCCUCUUGAAUUUGUCACACACACACAAAUUUGUAAAUAUGUCUAUGCUUGGCUAUCCAGAGCCAAAUACAUGAUUUUUCACAACCCCUUUCAAGCAUAUGUAUUUGGAGAGGAUCCCUAACUUGGAACACCCACACCCACACCCACACCCACACAUACAUGAGAGAGAGAGAGAGAGAGAGAAAGAGAGAGAGAGAGAGAGAGAGAGAGAAGAACAGAAGAAGAGUUUGGAUUUGAUAUCCCGCUUUAUCACUACCCUAAGGAGUCUCAAAGCAGCUAACAAUCUCCUUUUCCCUUCCUCCCCAACAACAAACACUUGGUGAGGUGAGUGGGGCUGAGAGACUUCAGAGAAGUGUGACUGGCCCAAGGUCACCCAGCAGCUGCAUGUGGAGGAGCGGAGACGCGAACCCGGUUCACCAGAUUACGAGUCUACCACCCUUAACCACCACACCACACUGGUGUAGGGUAGAAAGAGAGAGAGAACUGUAUCCAUACAGGACGUAGCAUUUUACACUGAAAUGCAGGACAAUCCUGUUUCAUACAGGACAGGUGGCAACCCUAUUAUCUUUAUGAUAUGUAGUUUAUUUACACAUAUAUACAACCUGAGCUGAGAUGGAGAGAGUCCACAGCAUUCACAACCCAAGAGGGUUCUGUUCCUUCCAUUGCUGCGCCCUCAGAUUCCAAGAGACCCCGGGCAAAAUGUCUGACCAUCUAUGCAGCAUAAAACAAACCAUCCGCCUCGUUCUCUGCCCCCACCUUCCAGCUUGCAAAGGGAACACUUUUUUCCUGUUCGCUUACCUCAUCGCCCUCUACAGUUCUGCCCCACCCUCCUGAAACUCUGGCCUUUUUUGGUCUCUGCUAACUAUCCCUCACCCCAGGCAGUGGUUCCCCCCAUUUUCUGGCCCUGAGAGUCUCUGUAGUGGGGUAGGAAAGCUGGGGGUGAGGGGAGUUCACAUCUGGCAACUGAUAACACCCCUUUGGUUUCAGAUAAGACACGGGUAGAUGAAUCUAAAAAACAUGGGGCACAAAUUUUCACAGCCCUCUAGCAGCUACAGUGUCUCAUUUACCAGAAACAACAUGUACACAUUAAGGCAACUUGCUCCUGAUCACCGAAAUAAUUUGUUUCGGAUUUUCGUGUCCUCGGUAAAAUUUUGGAAAGUUGCUGAGGUUAAAGUUGGGGGGUGAUAGAUUCUGGGCAGCUGUUGAAUAUCAACUGAAGAUCUAAGCUAAGUGUGAGCAUUUUCUGUCUCUUGCUAAUCGUGCCUCUCUCUCCUCUCCCAAGAGCAAAGGAUCAUUACUCAACGGAGACCCCAUGUACCGCUCCAAACUUUCGCCAAACCCUUGGACUGACCUCUUCAUAUGGGCUGUGUUGCUGAACCGCAGAGAGAUGGCCAUGUAUUUCUGGGAAAUGGUGUGUAUGAUGACUGUUCUUAAUAUAGUUAACACUAAGGUCCAGCUCUGAGGGCCUUCGGGCGGUUCCCUCACUGCGAGAAGUGAAGCUACAGGGAACCAGGCAGAGGGCCUUCUCGGUGGUGGCGUCCGCCCUGUGGAACUCCCUCCCACCAGAUAUCAAGGAAAUAAACAACUAUCUGACUUUUAGAAGACAUCUGAAGGCAGCCCUGUUUAGGGAAGUUUUUAAUGUUUUAUCGUGUUUAUAAAAUUCUGUUGAGGGACACAGGUGGCGCUGUGGUUUAAACCACAGAGCCUAGGACUUGCCGAUCAGAAGGUCGGCGGUUCGAAUCCUUGCAACGGGGUGAGCUCCCGUUGCUUGGUCCCAGCUCCUGCCCACUUAGCAGUUCGAAAGCACAUCAAAGUGCAAGUAGAUAAAUAGGUACCACUCUGGCGGGAAGGUAAACGGCAUUUCCGUGCGCUGCUCUGGUUCGCCAGAAGCAUCUUAGUCAUGCUGGCCACAUGACCCCGAAGCUGUACACCGGCUCCCUCGGCCAAUAAAGCGAGAUGAGUGCCGCAACCCCAGAGUCGGCCACAACUGGACCUAAUGUUCAGGGGUCCCUUUACCUUUAAUAUUCUGUUGGGAGCCACCCAGAGUAGCUGGGGAAACCCAACCAGAUGGGUGGGGUAUAAAUUAAUAAAAAAUAUCAUUUUUAUUAUUGUAUUAUAAUGUGACAGAGCUAACAAACGAAUAGAUAGGCUCCUGUAUGGGGUUCAUAAUGGGAGAAACCAAGGAGCCAGAGUUGAAAUAAUAAGGUACCGGCUGGAAAUGGCAGGGCAACCAGGCAGUGCUUUUGCCACAUCUGGAUACGAUGAGAGUAUUUCCCCCUCCUGGCUCUCAGCUGCCUGUAGCUUUUUUGGAGGGCUGUUUCCUUGCCUCUGUCUCCAUUGAUGGCCACCCUUUCUUCUCCCCCUUAGGCCCCCGACGCUGUGGCUGGGGCUUUGGCAGCAGCACGGAUCCUCCGAGAGCUUUCGCACCUGGAGCAGGAGGCUGAGGAAGAGGCAGCCAUGAAGGACCUCGCCAUGCGCUUUGAGAACUUGGCCAUUGGUGCGGACAUGAGGACAUGGAGGCUGGGGUGGGAAAGAGGGACCUGAGAGGAACGGUCAGGAAGGGAAGGCUAGCUGUUUGCAGUCAACGACUGAGAAGCUGCCUCAAUUCUUUCCGGUUCGGACUCCAGGGAAACUUGAUUUCUAAAGAGCGUUUAGGUUGCUCCCUGUUUCGAACCAAGGAACCCGUCGCCCUCCAGGUACUGAUGAACUGCAGCUCCCAUCAUCCCUCGCCGUUUGCCAUGCUUGCUGUGGCUGAUGGGAGUUGUAGUUCAGCAACAUCUGGCGGGCCAAAGGCUGUCCACACUUGAACGUCGCCAUUGGAUAGCAGAGGGGAUGGAGGAAAGCAUUUUUGCACUGUCACAAGAGUGAUAUGCCAGUAUUAAGUCUACUGCAACAAUAACAGCUAUUAUAAACGAGCGUGGUUUGUGGGAUGUGUUGGAAAUUCCUUGACAUUGUAAGUAAGCCUCUCCUCCUCACUUUCUUCUCUCUCACCCCUCAUCCCAACUCCAGGUGUAUUUGGGGAAUGUUACCGAAAUGGGGAGCCCCGAGCCUACAAACUGCUGGUGCGCCGCUCCGAACUCUGGGGAGGAGCCACUGUCCUCCAGCUCGCUCACCAGGCUGACGCCCGCCUGUUUUUUGCACAUGAUGGUGUGCAGGUAUGGUUGUGUCCAGCACACUGGAUCGCUGCAAGGAUGUUUCUUUCUCGAGCGUCUGCUACCACGCUGCUGAAUCUUCUUUCCAUUUAAGAGUUUUGUGAAGCAGCUAACGUUUAGCACAGGCCUAGGCAAACUUGGCCCUCCGGAUGUUUUGGGACUACAACUCCCAUGAUCCCCAGCCAACAGGACCAGUGGUCAGGGAUGAUGGGAAUUAUAGUCCCAAAACAUCUGGAGGGCCGAGUUUGCCUAUGCUCAGUUUAGCAGGAUCAACAGCAACCCCUAUAGCAGCAGCCCCUAAAUGCGAGACGGGUGUUUUGUGGCACCUGUAGCUGUGUCAGUUCUGCCAGUCAAAGCCGAGUGGGCCCAUGUAGGGUACGAUGAUCUCGUAGGUAAACUGGCCCCGCAUUGUUAGGGCUUGGGAGGUUGAGGGGUCCCAACCCCUGCUAAUUCUCUUCCGUGCUCUUCCCGCAGUCCCUGCUCACCCAGAAUUGGUGGGGAGAGAUGGACCGAGGCACCGCUGUGUGGAAGCUACUCCUGACUUUCUUCUGCCCCCCUCUCAUCUUUACCGACCUCAUCAAGUACAGGUGGGUGAACCCUGUCUGAAACUAAAAUGGUUGCCAAAAGACUGUUGUGGUUGUUGCAGGCCACCCCAAUCAUUGAGCAGUGCGAGAUUCUCGGGGUUCCAGCCUAUUACUCAGGGCUCGGUUUCCUCUGGAAUGAGGGACAGCAGAGACUGUGGUGUCUUUAUGAUAUAUGGUUUAUUUACACAUAAAGUCAUACCUCUUGUUACGUUUGCUUCAGGUUAAAUCUUGUCAGGUUGUGCCCCACGGCGACCCGGAAGUACCGGAAAGGGUUACUUCCGGGUUUCGCCGCUCACACAUGCGCAGACGCUCAAAAUGACGUCAUGCGGAGAAGCGGCGAAUCGUGGCACGCGCAGACGCGGGUUGCAUUCUGCUCAUGUUGUGAACGGGCCUCCGGAACGGAUCCUGUUCGCAACCAGAGGCACCACUAUAUAUACAACGUGAGCCUACGAUGGAGGAGCUCACAGCAUUAACACCCUAGAAGGCCUCACUUCUCUGGUUGCCGCAGACUUGGAUUCAGGCAGAAGUCAGGACCAUGACUUGAUGCUAACCCUGCUUGCUCCGAACCUGAGCAUGGCUUCCUCUUUCAACAGAGCCAUGGAUGAGGACCUGCGCCAAGCUGAGGUGGACAGCCUUGACACGGAUGUGAAAAGUACCAUCGGAGACAUGCUGUUUGAGUAGGGGGAACGGACAUGUCCUUGGGAAGGUGUGGGUAGCGGGGAGGGGAGACCCUAACUUUCAGCGCUGCUGCCACAAAGGAGCCUGAAGGCUGGAUUCCUUGCAUAACCUGCGGCCCUCCAUAUGCUGUUGGUCUAUAGGUUUCCUCAGGCCCUGCCAGCAUCAUCUGUGGUCAGGGAUGUUAAGAGGGUUCCCCAUCUCUGAUUUAGCGAUAUUCCAGGUCCCCUCUUUGAGUGUCCAGCAUAGUCUGCCAUAGCCAAAGGAUUUCUCUGGGGCUUGGUGCAUUUUAAAAUUAUUAUUGCUUUUUAGCACACACUGACCCGGGGCUUUUAAUCACAGCUGCAGGCAUGCCAGAAGGAUAGAAGCUUUUAUCUCUCUGUUCCUGAAGAAAGGGUCAGAAGGAGAGACAUUCCAGAUUGGGGUGCAUGGGUGAAUAUAUGAAUUGGUUAGAAGAAGAAGAAGAGUUUGGAUUUGAUAUCCCGCUUUUCACUCCCCUUAAGGAGUCUCAAAGCGGCUAACAUUCUCCUUUCCCUUCCUCCCCCACAACAAACACUCUGUGAGGUGAGUGGGGCUGAGAGACUUCAGAGAAGUGUGACUGGCCCAAGGUCACCCAGCAGCUGCAUGUGGAGGAGCGGAGACGCGAACCCGGUUCGCCAGAUUACGAGUCCACCUCUCUUAACCACUACACCAUAAUCAGUUUAAAAUAUAUUACAGUGGAACCUCGGUUUUCAAACAUAAUCCGGAAGUCCAUUCGACUUCCAAAAUGUUUGAAAACUGAGGAUCAAAGGGCUGUCUGCAAAGCCAAAGGGUAAAAAUGAAAAACACGCCUUGGAAGCAGUUCGAGGUGCGUUCAUAAACGGAAGCAUUCAUUUCUGUGUUUUUGGCGUUCGGCUUCCAAAUCAUUCGGCAGCCGAGACGUUUGAAAACCGAGGUUUGACUAUACCUAGCUUGCUGAAUUAGGCAAUGUGGAUGUUUUGUGUGUGUGUGUGUGUGUGUGUGUGCGCGCGCGCAUAUGUGAGCGUGUGUAAAACAGGUACACAUAAAAACUGCAGGUGGUAAACACCACCUUAAGAGGCUUUCUCCCUUUUCUCAAGCAGAGGAAGGAAUCACAUCUGUACUCUACAUUUAAAGCAUUCCUAUACCAACGUUAACUGCCAUGGCUUUCCUCAAAGAAUCCUGGGAAUUGUAGUUCGUUACGAGUGCUAAUUGGAGACUGCCCACAGAACUACAGUUCCCAGCACAGUCCUUUGGGGGGCUGCCAUGACUGUUAAAAGUGACAUAAGACGACUUUGAAUUAUUGAACCUGAGCAUGGCUUCACAUAUGGGACAUAUGUGCAUAUAAUAAAAGCAGUAUGUUUUUUAUUGCUUCUCAUUUCAAGAUUAGUGGCUAGGGGAAACCCAACCAGAUGGGCGGGGUAUAAAUAAUAAAAUUAUUAUAAUCAUUAGUGGUGGUAGUAGUAGUAGUAGUAAUAGUAGUUUUUUUCCAUCUGCAAGCUUAAUUGAUAGAUUAGUUGACCGGAACCCAUAUGGUGAAUCAACUAAGAUUCCUUUACAGUCAAACCUUGGUUCCCAAAUGGCUUAGUUGCCGAACAAAUGCCACAAGCCCAGAAGUAAGUGUUCUGGUUUGUGAAUGUUUUUCAGAAGCCGAAUGUCCGAUGUGGCUUCCGCUUGAGCACAGCUGUCAACUUUUCCCUUUUCUUGCGAGGAAUCCUAUUUGGAAUAAGGGAAUUUCCCUUUAAAAAAGGGAAACGUUGGCAGCUAUGCGCUUGAGGGAGUCAGACGGGCUCCCAGAACGGAUUAAAUUUGAGAACCACUGGAUUUGGGUGGCAGCCCUAAUUCGAUUCUGUCCCACUCAUUACCUCUUCUCGUCCUUUCCACUCCUUGCCCUCUCCUAGCAAUCCCGAUCCUCCCUUCCCUCUUUCCACUCGCCCGUCCUGGCUACGACGGUGGCGUCAGUUCUGGGUGGCUCCGGUGACGGCCUUCCUGGGCAACGUCGUGAUGUACCUGCUCUUCCUCUUCCUCUUCUCCUACGUCUUGCUUCUGGAUUUCGACCCCCCGCCUCCCAAAGGCCCUUCCGGCACAGAGAUCGCUUUGUACAUCUGGGUCUUCACGCUGGUCUGCGAGGAGGUGCGCCAAGGCUGUUUCGUGGGCUCGCUCCCCCUGCCGCUGAGGGUACGGCGGUACUUCCAGGACACUUGGAACCAGCUCGACAUCACGGCUCUGUUACUCUUCAUGCUGGGGCUCGUCUGCAGGUCAGAGGAAUUUCUGCACUGGGCAGAAAUUAUUAUAUAUACACAUAAUUUUUUAAUUAAAUUUUCUAAUUUACAUUUCAAAAUACAGUCGUACCUUGGUUAACGAACGCCUUGCAAGUCAAACGUUUUGGCUCCCGAACGCCACAAACCCGGAAGUGAAUGUUCCGGUUUGCAAAUGUUCUUUUGGAACCCAAAUGUUCAACGCAGCUUCCGUGGCUUCCUAUUGGCUGCAGGAGCUUCCUGCAGCCAAUCGGACGCUGCGCCUUGGUUAUCGAACAUUUGGGAAGUCGAAGAGACUUCCGGAACAGCUUCCAUUCAGCUUCCAAGGUAUGACUGUAUUCAUUUAAACAACCUUAAAUCAAUGACUUCCCUUCUUUUCUUUCUGUGGUUCAUUUUGCAUGCCAUACAUCCCCUCAUAUUUUACAUGAACUAAACCAAUCAGUAAUCCAUUGUUACAUCCAUCUAAACUUAUUUACACUGCUGAAUUUAUCUUAAUGUUAAUGCUACCAGCGUUUUUAAAUAAUGAACACAAUUUUCACCCAUAUAUUCAGUAAACAUUUUCCAGUCUUCUUUAAACGUACUUUCUUCUUUUUUCUCUUAUUCUAUAUGUUAAAUCUGCAAGCUGUGUGUAUUCCAUCAGUUUAAGUUGCCAUUCUUCUUUGGUUGGGACCUUGCUCGUUUUCCACUUUGGGGCUAACAAAAGACAGGCCACAGUAGUAACAUACAUAAACAGUCUUUUUUGACACCUGGGAAUUUCCUUCUGAAUUAUCCCCAAUAAAAAGGACUCUGUUUUUUGGUGGAAGGUGCUUUUAAACAUAUUUUUCUAUUCAUUAUAUAUCAUUCCCCAAUACUCCUAGAAUUAAACAGAAAUGAUGAUGAUGAUCAUCAUCAUCAUCAUCACAAUUGGUUUAUUCAUUGCCUUCUCUCUUUUUGGCUUGUCAAUUAUUUUUAUUGAUUUUCUGUAACUUUUAACAAAUUGUCGCCAAAUUAAUACAAAUGGAAUAUAAAUUUAAAAGCUGACUUCCCACAUAUUUAUACUUGCAAUAAUAUUCCUUCCAUUCGCCCUGCACAUCAGCUGUAUGAGUACCAAUUUCUGCUAAGACUGUUAUAUUUUAUUGUAGCCUAUCCACAAAAUAAUCAGGUAGAGUAAACCUUUUUAUACAUUCUGUUAAUCGACUUCUGAACAACCGUCUCAAGGCGGUUUGUACUGAAGAUCAUUAAAAACCGUGGGGGUGUAAAUAUGUACAAUUUUUCUGGCAAAGGAUGUUUAAGGAGAUAACAGAAAUCACUGGGUUAAAGCUGACCGAAAGUCCAGAGGUAGCAUUAUUAUCAAUUUACGAUGGGGUGGAAGGUUCACAGGCUAGGAAGGGCUUGCUCACAAAUUUAUUGACAGCUGUACGAAUUAUGAUAGGUAGGAAGUGGAACGGGGCAAGCAGAAUAUAAAAUGGAAGAAUGGUAUAAAGAGGUGUGGGGUUAUAGCUAUUCAUUAUAAAUUAACAUGUGGCAUUAAGGUAAGACGGGGAAUAUGCAGGAGAAAUGAUUCUGAGGAGAUAUGGAAGAUGUUUGUAUAAUUUGUACUGUUAAAACAGAAAGGGGGUCAAUCCAUCGCAAGAGGUGUUGAAACUUUAGGGAAGUUGGAUAGUUACAAUGGAAUGGUCUUGGUGAUGGGGUGCACAUUUUUAUUUUUAUUUAUGUAUGAUUACUACUUUGUCAAAAUAAAAUAAUAUAAUAAUAACAACCGUUAAAAACCCUAAAAACCCCAAACAUAUUUAAAGCAAUGCAAAAACUAUACAAAGUAGACACUCGCUGUGAAGACCCGUUUAUCCAGCCGAAAAAGCCUGUCAGAACAAUAAUAUUUUCAGUUGUUUCUAGAAAGGGCAGAUAGUGGUGUUUUUUCCUUUUGAAAUUUUGUACACCCCCCCCAAUUGCACCUGGGGCAACUGCCCCUAUGGUUCUACCACUGCUACAUCACCGAUUGUGAGGUUGGGAAUUGACUGGCUCUGGCGAAGGGAAAAGGGAUUGUCUGCAGAGAAGGAAACAUUCUUUUCAUCAGUUUCUUACCCCACUGUAUGUCUCUCAGGCUGUUUCCAAAGUCAUAUGAAUCUGGACGCACCAUUCUCUGCCUGGACUUCAUGGUAUUCACCCUUCGUCUCAUCCACAUCUUUGCUGUCAACAAGCAGCUAGGGCCCAAGAUGAUCAUCGUCGGCAAGAUGGUGAGCAGACGCAUGUGCGAUUUGUGUGAGAUGUUGCAAACAGCAGGCCUUUCAAGUGUGCAAGAGCAGCUGCCCCAAGUUGGGAUAUGAGGAUCAGUGCUGGAUUUACGUAUAAACUAAACAAGCUAUAGCUUACGGCCCCACUCUCUUGGGGGCCCCCCAAAAAUUUAAAGGAAAAGAAACCUGGGUGUACAUUUCCAAAAUAUAAGAUAAAAAACAAAACAAAUAAAACCUACAUACAGCAACAGUGUUUUGUGUUGUGUAGGCUCCUAUUUGUUAUGUGCAAAUAGCUUUAGGCAAAGGUAAAGGUAAAGGGACCCCUGACCAUUAGGUCCAGUCGUGACCGACUCUGGGGUUGCGGCGCUCAUCUCGCUUUAUUGGCUGAGGGAGCCGGCAUACUGCUUCCGGGUCAUGUGGCCAGCAUGAUUAAGCCACUUCUGGCGAACCAGAGCAGCGCACGGAAACGCCGUUUACCUUCCCGCCGGAGUGGUACCUAUUUAUCUACUUGCACUUUGACAUGCUUUUGAACUGCUAGUUUGGCAGGAGCAGGGACCGAGCAACGGGAGCUCACCCCGUUGUGGGGAUUCAAACCGCCAACCUUCUGAUCAGCAAGUCCUAGGCUCUGUGGUUUAACCCACAGUGCCACCCGCAUCCUAUUAAUACCUAUUAGGUCUGUAAAUUACCAUAUAGCAUAUAUUCAACACAAAAAACAGCAGCAAUUUGUUGUUGACAAAGGACAGCUGGACAUAUUAAGGGCCUUAUUACCUUCAAUAGCUUAGGGCCUCAUCAAACCUAAAUCCGGCCCUGAUUCGGAUGCAACGCAGAUGAAUGUGCAAAGGAUUCUGGGCUUAGCUGUGAAUGUAAUAGGCAAAAGGCAGUGAGUGUGCAAAGGACGAGAAAGUUGAAAGGAGGAGCAAGAGAGAUAAAUCUGAGGUUCUUUGGAGAUGCGUUUUGUUUUACGCACAUUUGUGUGUUGCAAAGGUUGCUUCCCCCGGCAGCUUCCUUUUCCCUGUACACUUCACCAUGUAGGCACAUUGGUUUCCUUUGAUUAACAGAGUGCAUUGUAAAUACAGAUGAGAAAUUAAACUUGAUUCGAGUUAGCAGAUUUUAUUUUAACCAACCCCCUCAUUUCUUUCAUCUCUUCCGUCAGAACGGUAAUUUUUGCUCUCCCCUUCGUCUCUCUUUAGAUGAAGGAUGUCUUCCUCUUCCUGUUCUUCCUUGCCGUGUGGCUAGUGGCCUACGGGGUCACCACCGAGGGGCUGCUUCUCCCCCACGACCGACGUCUCCCCUGGAUCUUCCGCCGUGUCUUCUACCGUCCUUACUUGCAAAUCUUUGGGCAGAUCCCACUGGAUGAGAUUGACGGUGGGUGUCCUAGGGGGUUCUUGCUUCCAUUCUAGACUGGCACCCCACCUUUGCCAACUCAGAAGGGAUAGGGAAGCAAUAGAGUAAACACAGGAGGGCUCAACCAAAAUAAUCAAGGAGUCAGAGAGCUUUCCCCUACGACUGCCGAGGCUUUGGGCUCAUCCAGAUUCACUUUUCGUUCCAUGCUUUCUAGGCGCAAGUCCAAGCUCUGUAUCCAAGAGCUUUUUCCUUCUUUGCCCCGCUGCUUUCUCCAAGAAAACGUGCUCUUUAAAGCUAAAUCGGAACAGCAAUUUGGGUCUCCCGUACCUUGUCAUUUGUUCUGAUUCAGCUGCAAAGAGUAGGCGUUUGCAGGGAAAGCACAGGCUGCAAAGAAAAAAAGAGUGCUUGGACAAUGAGCUUUAAGAGUGCUUGGACAAUUAAACCCCCCCUUGCCCUCCCCACACUAUGCCCCUGCUUUUAGGGGCUGCAGAGAGCUGUGCUCUAUAAGGAACUCCCACCUCGUUCUUCCCUUCCAUCUCCAGCUGCCCUGAUCAGAGCGUCAAACUGCACCUACGAUCCCUUGGCCAUCUUGAUGGAAAACGCGGAGCCUUGCACCAACACCUAUGCCAAUUGGCUGGUGCUCAUUCUCCUCGUGAUCUUCCUGCUGGUAGCCAAUAUUCUGCUUCUCAACUUGCUCAUCGCUAUGUUCAGGUACCUAUCGCGGUCGCCGGCACCUGUCGUGAAUCGGCGCAUACAGAGCAGGCAGACGAGGUUCAAAAGCGAAUCCCCUCAAAUACGAAAUAUGCAUAAGCAUAUUCCUAGGGGUUUCUCUCAGUAAAGACCUUACUUGGAAACUAAAUGCAACCGAGGUGGUUAAGAAAGCCCAACAGAGACUCCAUCUCCUCAGAGUAUUGCGGAAGAACGAUGUCAAUCAACAUCUGAUGAUCUCCUUCUACCGGUCAACAAUAGAAAGUGUCCUUUCAUACUGCAUCACGGUGUGGUACGCUGGUUUGACAUCAUCUGAUAGGAAGUGCCUACAGAGGGUGGUGAAUACAAGAACAAGAUAUUAUGGGCUGUUCCGGAAAUCCGCUGGAUGAAAUAGCGGAAGAAUGUUGCCUCAGGAGAGUGAGGAGGAGAAUCUCAGGGAUGAUUCACACCCUGGCCAGCACUUUCAAUAUCUCCUGCCCUCAGACAGAAGAUAUAGAAGCAUGAUUAGUCGCACCAACAGGGUAAAGAACAGCUUCUAUCCGUGGGCUGUUAGGCUCCUGAAUGAAAAGAUAACAACAGGGCAACUGACUUUCGGGUUGGGUGGGUGUGCGUCAGUAAACGAGGGGAAUUAAGACUAAGAGAGCUGAGUGGGGGGUGCUUGUGUAAUCUCACUGCAUACAAGUUGUACAAGUGACAAUAAAGUAUUUCAAUAAGCGGCAGAUAUUGGGGAAAUGCCUGUAUACCAAGUCAGAUUAGUGGUCCAUCCAGUCCAACAUUGCCUCCUCUACUGGAUUUCAGGCAGGGGGAAGCUGAGGUUUGUCUGUUUGUGGGUUACAAUUUCACCUAUGAUAUUUCUAUCCCUCCUGCACCCCGCCCCCCUCAACAACAGCUACACGUUCUCCAAAGUGCAAGGCAACAGCGACAUUUAUUGGAAAUCCCAGCGCUACAACCUGAUCCUGGAGUAUCACAGCCGCCCUGCCCUGGCCCCGCCGUUCAUCCUGAUCAGCCACCUGCACCUCUUCUUCAAGCGACACGUCCGUAAAGUGCAGUCGGCAAAGGGGAAACACUUCUGUGAGUGCUGGGAUGGGAGGCGGGGGAAUGGGGAAUGUAGAAGGGACAUUCUUGUCCAGAAUCAAAGAGCGCACAGCUGCCCUUUCCCUUGUUCCCACUCUCACACCUUCUGGUAUGUCUCUUUUGCACUCCCACAAAAAUCACGCCAUGUUCAUGCCGCUGGCUAAAAAGCCUCAGCUGCUUAAGCCUAUUAUUAUUAUUAUUAUUAUUAUUAUUAUUAUUAUUAUUAUUAUUUGCAUACCGCCCUAUACUCAUAGAUCUCAGCGCAGUCCACAACAUAAAAUUACAAUACAGUGGUACCUCAGGUUAAGUACUUAAUUCGUUCUGGAGGUCCGUACUUAACUUGAAACUGCUCUUAACCUGAAGCACAACUUUAGCUAAUGGGGCCUCCCGCUGCCGCCGGGUUUCUGUUCUCAUCCUGAAGCAAAGUUCUUAACCUGAGGUAAUAUUUCUGGGUUAGGGGAGUCUGUAACCUGAAGUGUAUGUAACCUGAUGUGUAUGUAACCCGAGGUACCACUGUACAGUUGUACCUUGGUUUUUGGACGGCUUGGUACUCGUACGUUUUGGCUCCUGAACGCCGCAAACCCAGAAGUAAAUGUUCCGGUUUGCAACCAUUUUUCAGAAGCCAAACAUCGUGGCUUCCGAUUGACUGCAGGAAGCCCCUGAAGCCAAUCGGAAGCCAUGUCUUGGUUUUUGAACCGUUUCAGUUUUAGUAAUCACAGUGAGGGAACAAAGAACACGUCUCCUAGAAAUGGUGGUGCUCCCAAUUAAGAGUUAUUGACCCCCCUCCAUCCCUAUUCAUCUACGUCACUUCUACAUCUUGUAACCUGAGCUUGUACCCUCUGUGCUUUCUGUUCUAACACUUUCUGAGCUCUCCGUGUCCUUGGAGAAGGGGGUUGAAUGCUGUCCAGAGACUGUGAAUCUGUUAACUCACUCUCUCCCAGUGUUUCUUCUGCUAGCUGUUCCCCAUCCAGUAUUUCCCAGCUUCUGCCUUCUGAACUAUGCCCCUCUGCAAACCCCUGUUCCAAAUCCAUACUGUCCUCCUCCUCCUCCUCCUGGAAAGAUUUAGGAUCCAGAGCAGGGGGAGGGGGUGGCUCCCACCAUUCUUCCUCCUCAGUGCAGCCCUCCUCAGCACGGUCCCUGACACUCCUGCGUUUGAAGCAGUAACUGGUUGCUGGAUAACUGGACUCCCUUUUCACUCCACUGACUCUUGGGUUAUGGGGUUGGGUUGCGGUGCUCAUCUUGCUUUCAGGCUGAGGGAGCCGGCAUUUGUCUACGGACAGCCUUCCGGGUCAUGUAGCCAGCAUGACUAAAUUGCACGAGACACAGUGAUGGAAACCAGAAUGCAUGGAAACGCCGUUUACCUUCCCACCGCAGCAGUACCUAUUUAUCCACCUGCACUGGUGUGCUUUCGAACUGCUAGGUUGGCAGGAACUGGGACAGAGCAAUGGGAGCUCAGCCCGUUGCAGGGAUUCAAACUGCCAACCUUCCGAUCGGCAAGCCCAGGAGGCUUGGUGUUUUAGACCACAGUGCCACCCACGUUCCUUUACCUUUACCUCCUUGGGCUAUAGGUCAUUUAUGAGUGUGAACAAGUAUCAGUCGUCCCAAUCCACAGCUUUCUCACCCAGGUCUCCCCACUUCUCCUCUUGUUUUCCGAUUGUCUUUUGGGCAGUGCUGGAUCUCUCCGUUACCCAAGACGAACGGCUGCUCACGUGGGAGUCGGUGCAGAAAGAAAACUACUUGGUUGCUCAGGCCCGGCAGAAACGCGAUUGUGACACAGAGAGGCUCCGGCGAACCUCCCAAAAGUAAGGCUGGUGGGGAGUUGAGGCAAGGAAGAAAUGUGGGAGGGAACUGAAGAGAAAGGGGCAGUCGGGUUGUGAUGGAGGGGUAAUGCUCCAGGGAAUGCCAUAAGUCUGCUUGCGAAGGAGUUAGUUAUACACACUGCUAUUUUUCUAGAAAAAGAGGUGCCGUAACUCACCGCAAGCACCUCCCUCGUUCUCUUAGAACGACAAUGGUGCCCACCUGAGAUGUGCAGGAAAUGAGUUCCAGUGAGUUCUCGCUCAAAUAAAGCCCUGGUUACACAUUCAGUUCGCCACACUGUUCAAGGACUGUUCAUAGAAUCAUAGGAAUGUUGGAAGGGACCGUUCCAACUGCUAUUUUUCUUCCAUGGUUGAAUCUGUCCAUUUUGGUUUCUCUUAGUUUCUCAUUUUUCCAAUCUUAAAUUCAGUAUGCAUCAGUUUGCGGAUAUUUUUUUUUAAGUCCUCAUGAAAAUUCGUUAGUCCACAUUUCUCCUAAUGCUAUCCUUUUUUAAUGCAAUUUUCCGAAGGUGUGUUUGCAUGUUACUUUCACUGAUAUAAGCAUUUUAAGGCACAGUUCCCCACGGUGUGUACACACACACACACGACACAUUUCUGUGCAUAUUGUUUCUUUGGAGAACUGCACUGCAAAAUUCAGAGAAGGGCGGAUUUUGAAAGAUUUUAGUUCAUGAAUUGUUGUAGGAAUCGUGAAGUGGGUAAGUUUGCAUUUAAGAUACGAAGCGAAACCAAAUUUCUCCUCCAACCCUGUUCCUCAAUGCAGAUAAUGUCUUCCAGAAUUGCAGCGGCACUAUAUAUUCAAAGCACCUGACUUUCCCCCAAAGAAUCCUGGGAAAUAUAGUUUCUUACAAGAGCUGGGAAUUGUAGCUCUGUGAGGGAAUAAACUACAGUUCCCAGGGUACUUGGGGAGAAGUCAGGGGUUUUAAAUAUAUGUUAGUUAAUUAAAAUAACCGCAUUGCUAACCUUUGACAUAUUGGCACACAUAGACCUGCUCCCAUGUCUGCUGAAAAAGAAGGCUCUAGUACAACUCCUGAGAUAUACUAUUAUUAUUUAUUAUUGUGUAUUACAUUUAUUUAUUACAGUGGUACCUCGGGUUACAUACGCUUCAGGUUACAGACUCCGCUAACCCAGAAAUACUACCUCGGGUUAAGAACUUUGUUUUAGGAUGAGAACAGAAAUCGUGCUCUGGCAGCCCGGCAGCAGCAGGAGGCCCCACUAACUAAAGUGGUGCUUCAGGUUAAGAACAGUUUCAGGUUAAGAACAGACCUCCAGAACAAAUUAAGUACUUAACCUGAGGUACCACUGUAUUGUUUAUUAAAUUUAUAUACCACUCUUCAUCCGAGGAUCACAGGGCAAUGUACAGUAUACAAACAAAAAAAUACAUAACAUAAUAACAAACGAAACAAUCGGACCAAAAAUUAUUAAAAGAAUGGGGAUGUGCUAAAGAGUAUAUGAAAAAACAUUGUUCUGGAGUAAGCAUAUCGGUAUGUAAUGAAUGAAGCUUUGCAGGAUUAAAGAAAGAGAAAAAUGGUGCAAAAAGUAUAAAGAUAGAGGUAAUCUACAUUAGACACAACAAUUUAGAAAAAGUAAAAAUUUCGAGGUCUUAGAACAAAGGAAGGAAGUCAAUAUGUAUAUAUGUACGUAAUGAUUAGAAUGAUAUGGUUUUAUUUGUAGAUGUAUGUUUUUGUUUUUUGUUUGUUUGUGGGUUUUUUCUCUUGUGUUUUGUUUUGGAUUCAAUGUUUGUAAUUUUUGUUGUAAUUUUGCAUUGAAAAUAAAAAAAAAAUUAAAAAGAGAUUACUGCAUUGCAGGGGUUGGACUAGAUGACCCACGGGGUCCCUUCCCACUCUACAAUUCUAUGAUUCUAUGCUUGUUUAAUUAGCCAAAGGCCUGCGUGAAGAGGAAUGUUUAUGCCUGGUGCCUAAAUAUAUGUAACAAAGGCACCAGGCAGCCCUCCCUGGGAAGAGCAUUCCGCAAAUGGGGAGCCCCCACAGAAAAGACCCUGUUCUCAUGUUGCCACCCUCAGGACCUUUUGCGAUGGUGGGCACACAAGGAAGAGCCUCUGGUGGUGGCCGCAGGGUCCAGAAGGAACUCAGAAAGAAUUCUGCCUGUCUUCUGGUGGAAGUGGGUUCCCAUCAAUAACUCCACUCCGUACAUUCUGAACAUGCAACUUUGUGCAUGGAUAUUGAAGAGUUUUCAUUAUGAGUUUUUGGAGAGAUGAUCCAAUGCACUUUGGGCAUUCUUGUGCUGGCGAAGAGACCAGCACGGGAAUUGGAUCUAGGCAGCGGUCAGAGAAGGUGGGAGAGAGACGGUUAGAGAGGCUCUAGGCGGGCAGGCGAAAACACCCCUCUUGUAACUCCCUCCCUCCUCUAACCCUGCAGGGUGGAUCAGGCUUUGAAGCAGCUUUCGGAGAUCAAGGAAUCGGAGCGGCGCCUAAGGACCCUCGAGACGCAGGUAUGAAGAGUGGAGCUGAAAGGUUGGGAGGUGUCAGGCUUCAGGGGAUCGGCUUCCUACCCCCGUGGCAGUAGAUAAGCAGAAAAAGAGAAAGGGAGUCUUAUUACCAGUUAAAAGGUAAAGGGACCCCUGACCAUUAGGUCCAGUUGUGACCGAUUCUGGGGUUGCGGCGCUCAUCUCGCUUUAUUGGCCGAGGGAGCCGGCGUACAGCUUCCAGGUCAUGUGGCCAGCAUGACUAAGCCACUUCUGGCGAACCAGAGCAGCACACGGAAACGCCGUUUACCUUCCCGCUGGAGCGGUACCUAUUUAUCUACUUGCACUUUGACGUGCUUUUGAGCUGCUAGGUUGGCAGGAGCAGGGACUGAGCAACGGGAGCUCACCCCGUCACGGGGAUUCGAAUCGCCGAUCUUCUGAUUGGCAAGUCCUAGGCUCUGUGGUUUAACCCACAGCGCCACCCGCGUCCCUCUUACCAAUUAGAAACUUUAAUAAUCACAGCGAGAGAACAAAAAACACAUCCCCUAGAAAUGGUGGUGCUCCCAAUUAAGGAAUCCACCCCCUGUUAUUCCUAUUAAUCUGUGUCCCUCCUACAUCUUGUAAUCUGAGCUUGUACCCUCUGUGCUUUCUGUUCUGGCAUUUUCUGAGCUCUCCGUGACUUUCUAGAUGGGGUGUGUGUGUGUGUGUGUGUGAAUGCUGUCCAGAGACUGUGACUCUGUUAACCCUCUCCCUUCCAGUGUUUCUUCUUCUAGCUGCUCCCCAUCCAGUAUUUCCCAGCUUCUGCCUUCUGAACUAUGCCCCUCUGCAAACCACUGUUCCAAAUCUGUACUGUCCCUCCUGCUCCUGGGAAGAUGCAGGAGCAAGGGGAGGAAGAGGCUCCCACCAUUCCUCCUCAGUGCAGCCCUCCUCAGCACAGUCCCUGACAGGAGGAAGGAAAUGGGAAGACACUGGGAGAUGAUGAGGUGCACAGACGUUCCAAAUGGGAGUAGCCAAAAGAUGGGGAGUUGAGGCAAAGGGAGGGGGGAGAUUGGGCAUGUCUGUAUUUGUGUUGAGGGCCAAAGCAGCAGCUUUCCAACUUGUCCCACCCCCUGUGACAUCAUCUUCCUGCCAUUUCUCCACUUGCUUCCACUAGAUGGAGUACUGCACCAAUGCUCUGUCGUGGAUGGUGGAUGUCUUGGCCCAGAGUGACAUUGCGAAAGGGAAGCAGGCUCCUCCUACUCAGAAAAAGGGUAAGUAGAGGGAAAGUAAUUGGUGCUUUAGUGCUGGAUAACUCCCCCAAAGCUCCUUAAAACAGAUGUACGUUUUUCUAUCCUGGGGGGGAAAUUCUCUGGGAAAGUUCUGCAUAUUUCAGGAAAUGUUCAAUGUGGUUUAGAUUCAGUUGGGGAAAAGUAGACCUGUGCUUGGUGCCUAUUGGCUAGCACUCGUGACAUUACGAACACACCUCUCCAACAACUACCACUACCAUCCCCCCAGCUGCCGUGGAGUUUUGCAGCUGGUUUAAAAUGCUCUUAAUACUCUUUGAUGCAAGUGGAAGGAUAACUACACAUAGAUGCAUAGAAGCAUCUUUCUGUCUCUUUCUUUCUUUUAAAUAUGGUCAGUCUUGGAGAGUUAAGACUUUCUGUACCAAAAGCCAAAGCAGACAGUUUGUCCAGCAGACACAGAAAGCAACUGCUGCUUAAAUGUAAAUUUGUAUCCAGGCUGUGUACACUCAAUCAGCAGUUGCUGUGCCCUGGAAGCACAUCAACUACGUUCUAGUCAGACUAUCGUAUUGUUCUUCAGAAGGGAGCUCAGGGAAAAAGCCUAGUCCUGCUGUUUUGCAGCAAAAUCCGGUUGUGCACAGCACUGAUUGCCUGGCGGCUGUGACGUCACAGUCCCAUCCAUCCUUCCAUCCUUUACAACAUUUUAGGACUUGUUUGUGCAUUUAGUUAUUUUUUUAGAUGCACCAAGGUGAACAUGUCUGAUGCUUAAAAAAGCAAAACAGAACAGCUUGCCGGACGGUGGCAAGACAUAAUAAUGGAAUCAGUGUUUAAACCACUAUCUGCCAUUUGAAACUGAAGACAGCUGGGAGCUAUUCUAACCCUGCAGCAGCAGAAGAAAAAACUGCAGCUUCAUCACAAUUAGAAAUUCACAUGCUGCUUUCUUUCCUUGCAGCCUAAAAUUCUCCAUGGAACCUCCAAGAAGAAUCAGCCCUUUUACCUGAAGAGAGGUGAAUUGCUCAGAACACUUGUUACUCACAGAACUACAGGCAUAUUUGCCUGGGGCCUGGGUGAAGUGGGCAGAGCCUUGGCUACCAGAGGCUUUGCCACAGAUGAUGGAGAAACUUGAAAUUUACCAGCGUCCCGGGCAGUCUACCUGUCAACGUUUACAGUGAAAUAGAAGAUAGCUCAGAACCAACACCCACUUUCACUUGAAAACAUUGCUAUAGACUAUCUACACACCUGUAACCUCUCAGACAUGCUAAGGUUCUUGAAUCGACAAUUCUUGUUUCUGUUGAACCAUUCAGGACUUCUUCCACUCAGCUUGAAGAACUUAACUAGGAGACUGUGGAGAGAGAGAGAGAGAUGGUUCAGAUUUCAAGUUGGUCAUGAACUUGGCCUGUUUCAGUCUUUAAUUUCUAUUUCUGCAAAUGGGGAAAAGAAUGACCUACCUCUCAGGGUUGCUGUGAGAAUGAAUGAUACAUGGACAGUAAAAAGAAACCUCUGCAAGAUGAAAGUGCAAUAGACUAGAUUAUAAUUAUAUUUUACAUGCAGGCCAGAACAUCAAUCAGCUGCUGACUCCCUUUUGUUAGAUUUUUUUUUAAUGACAUGCUCUUUAUCCUUGUGUGUAAUUAACAAGGGUGGGUAGGACAAUUGGAUUGUUGUUUUCAUUAUUAAGAAAUAAAAUAUUUGCAUUAUGCUUCUGGAAGACAAGUUCCCAUUCGGAGACAAUGAUUAUGGCAAUGUGUCCUUCAGAUUACAGAAAAAGAAUGUUUUCCUGUAUGUUUUGAUUUUUGAAUGGUCUUCCUCCAUGAACGAAAACUGUUAAGAGAGCCAGAUUCAGCCCCCCAUCAAAAAUGCAGUUUUCAUUGUCCAAGAAUUACUACUUUUUCUAGUUCUGCUAGAGAAGUAUUGUGCAGCGGUGUUUGAUCGUUCUCAGGACUGCAGCAAAUAACAGAAGGAAACUGCUGUGCUCUUUCAUAGAUUUUGAUAUUUUGUAAUAGAUUUAAAUGCAUUUGAUUAAAAAAAAAAUAGUGUCAAUAAAACAUGUUCUAGAAGCCUAUGUUAGAACCUGAGUUCUUGACAAUCAUCAUGGUAAACUUCACCGAAGUCUAAAAAGAAAAGGCUUUCGCCUUCCCGAACAUGGGGCAAAAUCAGUGAAAAGAGAGAAAUAAAGUCUGCUUCUACUGUC